AUGGCGCUGCCGUGUGACACGCUGCUACAGAACGGCGAUGCGGGAGCCGGUGUAAUAACUUUCAAUUAGGUGGCGAAGAGGCCUUUCGCUGUGCGCCACACAAGGUUUUUCUGUUUUUCAAAGCAGAGAGGUGAUUUUUCUUCAUUAAAACACAGCUCGCUGGAUUAUGGUGUGUGGGUGAACGCGAGAGAAAGAGUAGCCAGGACAAACAUAUUUUCAGAUUUUUCACUAAUAUCAUCAAAAUCAAUAUAUCAUAGCACAUUUUUGGGCUCAUUCAGUAGUUUGUAUCUGAUAAAGUAGAAUCUUGUGGGAAAAUAAUGUUUAAAAAAGUACGAUUUAUAUUCCUAAAACAUAUUUUGAAAUUAUACUGCUGCUGCUUCCUGUUGUCAUGGCUUUUUGAUUUAUGGCCGAGUGUCAAAACACCGGUUUUAGAUAUUCAUAAAUUCAAUAUACUGAAAUAAGUUGUGACAUUUUGAAGAAAAGUUACUCCCUACACACGUGUUACACUUGUGUUCAGAUUACUUGCUAAAUUAGUACCUUAUAAAUUGCACACCAAUAUUUACCAAGCGGUCACUCAAGACUGGAAUUGAUUAGCUUGUUCUACUGUAGUCAAUAGAACAUGCAAAUUAAGCACUCACGUUGAUAUUGUAUUGAAAUCAAUUGAACUGGGAUAAUACAGUAACUGCGGCGACAUGUAGGCUACGGUUUGCGCUCUUCUAACAGACAAACCUCAAUGAACUUGGGUAUACUGCAUAUACAGUAUCUGUUGAUAGAUGACAACCUGUCAUAGCCACUUAUCAACUUAUAUCUCUGUGAGAAAAUUAUUUUGGUAGACGGCAAAUAAGGAAAAGGAAACACAACACUUUUCUGAGUAGAUCAUUUCAACGAAUCACCAACUCGGUGGCGCCGGAGAAGAUGGCUGCCGUUUUACAGCCCUCUAACCACUAACCAAUUGUACUAUUAUGUGUGUUUUUUCGCGUUAUUUGUAAUUUAUUCUGUACAUAAUGUUUCUGCCACCGUCUCUUAUGACCAAAAAGAGCUUCUAGAUAUCAGGACAGCGAUUACUCACCUCAUAUUGGACGAAGAUUGUUUCUUCAACGAGCUGGACGCAAAGGAUAUCCUACAGACACCUAACAAGGCCCAAAUCCCCGUCAUUCGCAUGAGAAAGAGACAGAGAUAUCGUGGACGUAGGUCCGGGUGCCUUGUAAGGAUCCGACGGCGAGCGAGUAAACUGCCUCUUCCAUCAAUCCUAUUAGCCAAUGUUCAAUCAUUUGAGAACAAAUUGGAUGACCUAAGAUUACGGUUAUCCUACCAACGGGACAUUAAAAACUGUAAUAUCUUAUGUUUCACCGAGUCGUGGCUGAGCGACGACAUGGACAACAUACAGCUGAUGGGAUAUACGCUACAUCGGCAGGAUAGAACGGCUGACUCCGGUAAGACAAGGGGUGGCGGUCUGUGUAUAUUUGUAAACAACAGCUGGUGCACAAAAUCUAAUACUAAGGAAGUCUCAAGGUUUUGCUCGCCUGAGGUAGAGUAUCUCAUGAUAAGCUGUAGACCACACUAUUUAUCAAGAGACUUUUCAUCUAUAUUUUUCGUAGCUGUCUAUCUACCACCACAAACCGAUGCUGGCAUUAAGAUUGCACUCAAUGAGCUGUAUAAGGCCAUAAGUAAACAGUAAAACGCUCAUCCAGAGGCAGCGCUCCUAGUGGCCGGGGACUUUAAUGCAGGGAAACUUAAAUCCGUUCUACCUCAUUUCUACCAGCAUGUUAAAUGUGCAACCAGAGGAAAAAAACUCUAGACCACCUUUACUCCACACACAGAGAUGCAUACAAAGCUCUCCCUCGCCCUCCAUUUGGCAAAUCUGACCAUAACUCUAUCCUCCUGAUUCCUGCGUAUAAGCAAAAACUAAAGCAGGAAGCAGCAGUGACUUGGUUAAUAAAAAAGUGGUCAGAUGAUGCAGAUGCUAAGCUACAGGACUGUUUUGCUAGCACAGACUGGAAUAUGUUCUGGGAUUCUUCAGAUAGCAUUGAGGAGUACACCACAUCAGUCACUGGCUUCAUCAAUAAGUGUAUCGAUGACGUCUUCCCCACAGUGACCGUACGUACAUACCCCAACCAGAAGCCAUGGAUUACAGGCAACAUCCGCACUGAGCUAAAGGGUAGAGCUGCCGCUGUCACGAAUUCAGCCGAGGCUGCCCCUCCUCCUUGCUCGGGCAGGCUUCGGAUCGGAGUACUAGCUGCUACCGAUCCAUGUUUCUAUGUUCUACUUGUUUUGUCUUUAUUGGUCUCACCUGUUUCCCAUCAUGUAAUUAUGUCUUCCCUAUUUAAUCCUCUGGCUCACACUGUGUGUUGUGCGUGUUUGUUCAUGUUUUGGUUGUCGUAUGUGAGCGGGUUUGUUCCUCCCUGCGUGGAGGUAUGUUCAUUAAGAUACCUACGAGUAAAGUAUGUUUUUUCGAUUAGCUCUGUGUCCUGCGCCUGACUUCGUCCUACCGCAUUACACUGACGCCUUGACAGAAACACGCACCAAUAAUGGAGUCAGCAGGUACAGCCAUGCCAGCCGGAUCGACGGAGGAACGCGUCCAACAACAAGCGAUCAUGAUCCAGGCUCUCGGCACCGCAAUGGAACGCGUGGUGAAUACUAUGGAGCGAUGGGAGAGAGGAGGUUUUCCUAUUCCUCCUCCAGCUACACCACCACCUACACCGCUGUCCACCUUUUCACCACCUGGGUCCAGUGGGAUUCGGCUCUCGCUCCCGAGGGCAUACGACGGUACAGCUGCCGGGUGUCAGGGUUUUCUGCUCCAGGUAGAGCUAUACCUGGCAACCAUCCAGGUUACCCGCCGCUUUCGGCCAGUAUUCGAUCAUCCACCGGAGUGGAGAGUGGCGGGCGAACGUCUAUUCCACCUCAGACAGGGGAAGAGGAGCGCACAGGAUUUUGCACUGGACUUUGGGACUCUGGCUGCCAGCGCAGGAUGGAAUGAGAGGGCCCUUAUCGACCACUACCGAUGCAGCCUAAGGGAGGACGUUCGUCGGGAACUGGCCUGCAGGGACACCAACCUUAACCUGGACCAACUGGUGGAUAUGUCAAUCAGGCUGGAUAACCUGUUGGCCACCCGCGGACGUCUGGAUCAGGGGCCGUCCAUUCCAUCCCCAGCACCUCCGACCCUACCCCUAUGGAGCUCGGAGGUGCUGCUCUUAGGGAGACAGGUAGAGGGGCCGUCCCCUGCACCAACUGUGGCCGCAGAGGACACACUGCUGGUCGUUGCUGGGGAGGGUCUUUAAGGAGUCGAAGCAGUAGGCAGAGCACUGGUGGACCGUUUCAGGUGAGUAGGCACCCGACUCACCCAGAGCUCCCUGUUGCGCAUAUGUGUAUAGAUGUUGUAUUUCCAGAGUUUUCCCCUCAUUACCAGCAUAAGGCGCUAGUAGAUUCAGGUGCAGCUGGGAACUUUAUUGAUCGUCAGUUUUCCCGUAGUUUAGGGAUUCCUAUUGUGCAUGUUGAUGUGCCCUUCCCUGUACAUGCCCUAGAUAGUCACCCUUUAGGGUCAGGUCUGAUUAGGGAGGUCACAGCUCCACUCUGGAUGAAGACGCAGGAGGGUCAUGAGGAAAAAAUGUGUCUCUAUCCUGAUUGAUUCUCCUGCAUUUCCAGUGGUGUUGGGGCUUCCCUGGUUAAACCUCUCAUGACCCCACUAUUUCAUGGCAACAGAGGGCUCUCAAGGGAUGGUCAAGUCAGUGCUCAGGGAGGUGUCUCCCGAGUGGCGCAGUGGUCUAAGGCACUGCAUCGCAGUGCUAGCUGUGCCACUAGAGAUCCUGGUUCGAAUCCAGGCUCUGUCGUAGCCGGCCACGACCGGGAGACCCAUGGGGCGGCGCACAAUUGGCCCAGCGUCGUCUAGGGUAGGGGAGGGAAUGGCCGGCAGGGAUGUAGAGCAUGGCGUUUGCAACGCCAGGGUUGUGGGUUCAAUUCCCACGGGGAGCCAGUAUGAAAAAUAAAACGAUAAUGUAAGUCGCUCUGGAUAAGAGCGUCUGCUAAAUGACUAAAAUGUAAAUGUAUGUGUGUGUAGGUGUUUCCAUAGGGGCAACUACGGUGGAAAGUCCAAACCAGGUUUCCAACAUGCACAUUCUGCCUGAAUAUGCCGAUUUGGCUCUCGCCUUCUGUAAAAAGAAGGUGACUCAAUUACCACCCCAUCGACAGGGGGAUUGUGCGAUAAACCUCCAGGUAGGCGCUGAACUUCCCCGGAGUCACGUGUAUCCUCUGUCACAGGAGGAGACGGCGGCUAUGGAAACAUAUGUCACCGAAUCUCUGAGGCAGGGAUACAUUCGGCCUUCCACUUCCCCUGUCUUCUCAAGUUUCUUUUUUGUGAAGAAGAAGGAUGGUGGCUUACGCCCGUGCAUUGACUACCGUGGUCUUAAUCAGAUCACUGUGAAGUACAGCUAUCCACUACCUCUGAUUGCUAGUAUGACGGAGUCAUUGCACGGGGCGCGCUUCUUCACUAAAUUGGAUCUCAGGAGCGCAUACAACCUGGUGCGUAUCCGGGAGGGAGAUUUUACAUUUUACAUUUACGUCAUUUAGCAGACGCUCUUAUCCAGAGCGACUUACAGUUAGUGAGUGCAUACAUUUUCAUACUGGCCCCCCGUGGGAAACUAACCCACAAUCCUGGCGUUGCAAGCGCCAUGCUCUACCAACUGAGCUACAGGGGACAUGAGUGGAAGACAGCAUUCAGUACCACCUCUGGGCACUAUGAGUACCUCGUCAUGCCAAACGGGUUGAUGAAUGCUCCAUCAGUCUUCCAAUCCUUUGUUGAUGAGAUUUUCAGGGACCUGCACGGACAGGGUGUAGUGGUGUAUAUUGAUGACAUUCUCAUAUACACGGGCCGAGCAUGUGUCCCUGGUGCGUCCUACCGCAUUACACUGACGCCUUGACAGCCGCUUUCAAGGAGCGGGACUCUAACCCGGACGCUUAUAAGAAAUCCCGCUAUGCCCUCCGACGAUCCAUCAAACAGGCAAAUAGUCAAUACCGGACUAAGAUUGAAUCGUAUUACACCGGCUCUGACGCUCGUCGGAUGUGGCAGGGCUUGAAAACUAUUACAGACUACAAAAGGAAGCACAGCCGCGAGCUGCCCAGUGACACAAGCCUACCAGAAGAGCUAAAUCCCUUCUAUGCUCGCUUCGAGGCAAGCAACGCUGAAGCAUGCAUGAGAGCACCAGCUGUUCCGGAUGACUAUGUGAUCGCGCUCUCUGUAGCCGAUGUGAGUAAGACUUUUAAGCAGGUCAAUAUUCACAAGGCCGCAGGGCCAGACGGAUUACCAGGACGUGUACUCCGAGCAUGUGCUGACCAACUGGCAAGUUUCUUCACUGACAUUUUCAACAUAUCCCUGACUGAGUCUGUAAUACCAACAUGUUUCAAGCAGACCACCAUAGUCCCUGUGCCCAAGGACACUAAGAUAACCUGCCUAAAUGACUACCGACCCGUAGCACUCAAGUCUGUAGCCAUGAAGUGCUUUGAAAGGCUGGUCAUGGCUCACAUCAACACCAUUAUCCCAGAAACCCUAGACCCACUCCAAUUUGCAUACCGCCCCAACAGAUCCACAGAUGAUGCAAUCUCUAUUGCACUCCACACUGCCCUUUUCCCACCUGGACAAGAGGAACACCUACGUGAGAAUGCUGUUCAUUGACUACAGCUCAGCAUUCAACACCAUAGUGCCCUCAAAUCUCAUCACUAAGCUAAGGAUCCUGGGACUAAACACCUCCCUCUGCAACUGGAUCCUGGACUUCCUGACGGGCCGCCCCCAGGUGGUAAGGGUAGGUAACAACACAUCUGCCACGCUGAUCCUCAACACGGGGGCCCUUCAGGGGUGCGUGCUCAGUCCCCUCCUGUACUCCCUGUUCACCCAUGACUGCAUGGCCAGGCACGACUCCAACACCAUCAUUAAGUUUGCUGACGACACAACGGUGGUAGGCCUGAUCACCGACAACGAUGAGACAGCCUAUAGGGAGGAGGUCCGAGACCUCGCCGUGUGGUGCCAGGAUAACAACCUCUCCCUCAACGUGAUCACUACAAAGGAGAUGAUUGUGGACUACAGGGGAAAAAAAGAGGACUGAGCACGCCCCCAUUCUCAUCGACGGGGCUGUAGUGGAACAGGUUGAGAUCUUCAAGUUCCUGGGUGUGCACAUCACCAACGAACUAUCAUAGUCCAAACACACCAAGACAGUUGUGAAGAGGGCACGACAAAGUCUAUUCUCAGGAGACUGAAAAGAUUUGCCAUGGGUCCUCAGAUCCUCAAAAGGUUCGACAGCUGCACCAUCGAGAGCAUCCUGACUGGUUGCAUCACCGCCCGGUAUGGCAACUGCUCGGCCUCCGACCGCAAGGCACUACAGAGGGUAGUGCGUACGGCCCAGUACAUCACUGGGGCCAAGCUUCCUGCCAUCCAGGACCUCUAUACCAGGCGGUGUCAGAGGAAGGCCCUCAAAAUUGUCAAAGACUCCAGCCACCCUAGUCAUAGACUGUUCUCUCUGCUACCGCACAGCAAGCGGUACCGGCGCACCAUGUCUAGGUCCAAAAGGCUUCUCAACAGCUUCUACCCCCAAGCCAUAAGACUCCUGAACAGCUAAUCAUUGCUACCCAGACUAUUUGCACUGCUCCCCCACCCCCACCCCCCUCUUUUACGUUGCUGCUACUCUGUUCAUUAUUUAUGCAUAGUCACUUUAACUCUACCCACAUGUACAUAUUUCCUCAAUUGCCUCGACUAGCCAGUGCCCCCGCACAUUGACUCUGCACCGGUACCCCCCUGUAUAUAGCCUCCCUACUGUUAUUUUAUUUUACUGCUGCUCUUUAGUUAUUUGCUUUAUUUUUUUUUACUUAACACUUUUAUUUUUUUUAUCUUAAAAAAAUGCAUUGUUGGUUAAGGGCUUGUAAGUAAGCAUUUCACUGUAAUAUCUACACCUGUUGUAUUCGGCGUAUGUGGCAAAUAAAAUUUGAUUUGAUUAAAUAUCGACAGGGGUUGGCUUUCAUUUGAGUGAUAGCUUAACCCUCAAAUCCAUGAAUUCAAGUGAGGCCAGAGACAUUAAUAAGAAAAAAUUAUAGCCAGCGUGGUCUGACAAUUACAGCUGCGUUCUAAAGUCCCACUACGGACUGGCACGUAUAACAAAAACACUGGUACUAAACCAAAAAGUAUUGAUCUGUUUUAAGCGAUCGAUUUUCUGAGAUCGUGAAGACUAUAAGCUUUAAUACUAACAUCACAAAUCUGAGGUAAAAAGGAUGUGUAUUUCCUGUAAUUCUUGUGUGGUGAAAACAUCAGUCUGUGUAAUGUAGUAACACAUUCUGUCCACCAUAGGGAAAUUAGCAUAAUAUAACAUAAUUCAAUAUGUCAAAGUAAUUCAAUAUUUGAAUAUAUGAUGAUAGUAUUUGUAGCACACUCACAAAUUUGUUAAACAUUGACAUCGAUUUCUUCCUACUUGAACCAUGGAAAGAGUUUAAAAAAAAAUCCUAAGCACAAUUUAACCAGGCGCUCUAGAUUAGAGCGUCCAUAGGGUCUGUGCAGCAGACAUAAAGUCUCCCACACAAAGUGCCAUUUGGUCAGCCCUGCAUACACUUACAAUACAAGGGGUUGGCCUUACCUUGCCUCUCAGUGACUUCUAACCAAACAGUCAUUGGUUCUGACAUUGAUCUUCUUAUCUCCCUCCCUCCUUCCAUUCUUCCCUCCAUUCCUCCCUGUGUGUUUGUCUUGCAGCUGUUUCCGGAGACGGGGCCGAGACAGGGGGGCACCAGGCUGACCAUCACGGGGGAGAACCUGGGCCUGCAGUUCAGGGACAUCCAGACAGGAGUGCGUCUGGGCAAGGUGCCCUGUAUCCCCAUCGAAGAGGAGUACAUCAGCUCUGAGAGGUGAGGAGGCUCAGCUGCCUGGCACUCACCACUCUCACCAUCACCCACCCCUCCUUCUACGUGUCCUCUAUCUCCCUCCUCCUCUCCUCUCAGUGUAUAUCCCAUCUCAUCCUCUUCUGCUUCCUGUUGACAUUGUCCUUCUGUCCAUCUCUCUUCACCUGUCUAUUAUUUUCUUCCUCUGCUCAGUGUAUAGACAUCCUCUUCUCCUCUUCAGCUUUCUCUUUCCUCUCCUUUGACCUCCCUGCUCUCCCCUAUAUAUACAGCUCAAUAAUUGAAUUUAGAUAGAUCAAACAAUCUCUCCAUAGAGCAUGUAGAUAGUAGAUGCUCCCUUUAAAAUUGGAGGAAUCACUACACAAAUACCAGACAGCCUUACUGUAGCUACAGGUGAGCUCAACACGUGUGUCAUCCCAUGUGUCUCUAACUCCUCUCCCUUUUCCUCACUCAUACCUUCCCUACCAUCACCCCUCUCUCCUACAGAAUUGUGUGUUUGCUGAACGACGCCACGGGCUACCGAGUGCAGGAGGCUAACGUGGAGGUGUGUGUGAGGGACUGCCUGGCAGACUAUAGAGCCCUCUCACCCCGAGCAUUCACCUUCGUGGUAAGUAGCACCCAGAUGACACAGCCAUGGUCAGGGAUAGAUGGAUCCUUACAUUGCACAAUGAUUAUUGGUCAUUUUGUUGAAUGCAUAAUAAACGUGUCUUAUGGUUCCCCCUCCUACAGACGCCCUUCUUCACGCGGGUGCUGCCUGCCCAGGGCCCUCUCUCAGGAGGCACCAGGAUCACCAUAGAGGGCAACCACCUCAACGCCGGCAGCUCUGUGUCUGUCAACAUUGGACGCCACCUCUGCCACUUCAAAAAGUGAGUGUCAGUUAGUCUGUCAAAUCAGGCUUUCUGUCUGUCUACCUAUUUUUAGCUCAUAUCACAGUGGAGCGGACCCAUUGCUGUGCAACACCUAGUGCAGGGAACAGUAGAUCUCAGUCUACACCUGUAUGAGGAAUAUUAACAGAAUGCCUGUUGAAAGCGGGGGUGCUCUGCAUUGCAGCUGAGAGGUAGGUAGAGCCCAGCCAGGUAGUGUGAGAGCCAGGUUCCUGCCGGGGGGGGGGGGGGGGGGGAUACAGGGGGAAUGAGGGGAGAUACAGGGGGAGUGAGAGUGAGGGGAGAUACAAGGGGAGUGAGGGGAGAUACAGGGGAAGUGAGAGUGAGGGGAGAUACAGGGGGGGGUGAGGGGAGAUACAGGGGGAGUGAGAGUGAGGGGAAUACAGGGGUAGUGAGGGGAGAUAGGGAGGGUGAGGGGAAUACAGGGGGAGUGAGGGGAGAUAGGGAGGGUGAGGGGAAUUCAGGGGGAAUGAGGGGAGAUACAGGGGGAGUGAGAGUGAGGGGAGAUACAAGGGGAGUGAGGGGAGAUACAGGGGAAGUGAGAGUGAGGGGAGAUACAGGGGGGGGUGAGGGGAGAUACAGGGGGAGUGAGAGUGAGGGGAAUACAGGGGUAGUGAGGGGAGAUAGGGAGGGUGAGGGGAAUACAGGGGGAGUGAGGGGAGAUAGGGAGGGUGAGGGGAAUACAGGGGGAGUGAGGGGAGAUACAGGGGGAGUGGGAGUGAGGGGAGAUACUGGGGGAGUGAGAGUGAGGGGAGAUACGGGGGGGGGGGGGGGUGAGGGGAAAUACAGGGGUAGUGAGGGGAGAUACAGGGGGAGUGAGGAGAGAUAUAGGGGGAGUGAGGGGAGAUACAGGGGGAGUGGGAGUGAGGGGAGAUACAGGGGGGGUGAGGGGAGAUACAGGGGGAGUGAGGGGGAGUGAGGGGAGAUACAGGGGGAGUGAGAGUGAGGGGAGAUACAGGGGGAGUGAGAGUGAGGGGAGAUACAGGGGGAGUGAGAGUGAGGGGAAUACAGGGGGGGUGAGGGGAGAUACAAGGGGAGUGAGGGGAGAUACAGGGGGAGUGAGGGGAGAUACAGGGGGAGUGAGAGUGAGGGGAAUACAGGGGUAGUGAGGGAAGAUACGGGGGGGUGAGGGGAAUACAGGGGGAGUGAGGGGAGAUACAGGGGAGUGAGAGUGAGGGGAGAUACAGGGGGGUGAUCCACCCUUUGUCACAGACACCUUGUCAAGAUAUGUGCAGUCUUGGGAGGGUUUGUGGAGCGUACCAUGUUCAGGGGGUUCCCAUGGAAACGGGGCGAGGAGAAUCAGAGGAGACAUUGCAGGCACGUCUCCAGGCAGGACUUGGGAAUCGCACCAGAAUCACUCCUUUCCACUCCUAGAAAGACUACGGCACUCUCCCACAAAUUCAAGCAUCAUUCAACAGUGCUUCAUACUAGAUAUUGUAGUUAUUGUGUGCUAUGACAAGCAGUGGACAGUAUGAAUUGUAUCAAUGCCAAUGGGAAACACACACAGAACAAAUCAUCAGUGUUUUGUCCAUGAAACGCUUUUUCAUGUUCAUACAGGUAUUGCCAUUUAGUUUUCAGGGAGAGAGGUGCACAAUCUUGGACCUUUACCAGUUACAUUGACAAGAAAAGCAGUCAUCUGUAUCAUCCUUUAACCACCCUCUCUGUCCCUGCAGGAGGAAUUCCCGAGAGAUAGUGUGUGUGACCCCAGCGGGGCUGACACCAGGCAGCACACCAGUCAUGGUGGACAUCGACUCUGCUGAGCUGAGGAACCCAGAGGUCAAAUACAACUAUACUGAUGACCCCACCAUCCUGAGGAUCGAACCCGACUGGAGUAUUGCUAGGUAGGGAGGAGAUCUGGGUAUUUACAUGGGUAUCGCCUGGUUCUCUGGUGCUGGUCUGGGGUACAGUAGUGUAGCUACAGUGGCACCUCUUUAAAAGAGACACUUAGAGAUGUCCCACGAGUUAGCGAGGGGCACACCACUUAUGUGUGUAAAUACAGAACCUUGUGAAAUGCCCACAUUGACACAGAUUGCUCUGCUUCCUGGUAAACAUGUUAAACCAAAGAACUGUUACAAGAUGCCACAGCCCUUCUGUCUCUGUUGACACCACUUCCUUCUGCAUCUACAAUAGUUUGAUAUACAGUGGGGGAAAAAAGUAUUUAGUCAGCCACCAAUUGUGCAUGUUCUCCCACUUAAAAAGAUGAGAGAGGCCUGUAAUUUUCAUCAUAGGUACAUGUCAACUAUGACAGACAAAAUGAGAAAAAAAAAUCCAGAAAAUCACAUUGUAGGAUUUUUUAUGAAUUUAUUUGCAAAUGAUGGUGGAAAAUAAGUAUUGGGUCAAUAACUAAAGUUUCUCAAUACUUCGUUAUAUACCCUUUGUUGGCAAUGACACAGGUCAAAAGUUUUCUGUAAGUCUUCACAAGGUUUUCACACACUGUUGCUGGUAUUUUGGCCCAUUCCUCCAUGCAGAUCUCCUCUAGAGCAGUGAUGUUUUGGGGCUGUCGCUGGGCAACACGGUCUUUCAACUCCCUCCACAUAUUUUCUAUGGGGUUGAGAUCUGGAGACUGGCUAAGCCACUCCAGGACCUUGAAAUGCUUCUUACAAAGCCAGUCCUUCGUUGCCCGGGCGGUGUGUUUGGGAUCAUUGUCAUGCUGAAAGACCCAGCCACGUUUCAUCUUCAAUGCCCUUGCUGAUGGAAGGAGGUUUUCACUCAAAAUCUCACGAUACAUGGCCCCAUUCAUUCUUUCCUUUACACGGAUCAGUCGUCCUGGUCCCUUUGCAGAAAAACAGCCCCAAAGCAUGAUGUUUCCACCCCCAUGCUUCACAGUAGGUAUGGUGUUCUUUGGAUGCAACUCAGCAUUUCCUUGUCCUCCAAACACGACGAGUUGAGUUUUUACCAAAAAGUUAUAUUUUGGUUUCAUUUGACCAUAUGACAUUCUCCCAAUCCUCUUCUGGAUCAUCCAAAUGCACUCUAGCAAACUUCAGACGGGCCUGGACAUGUACUGGCUUAAGCAGGGGGACACGUCUGGCACUGCAGGAUUUGAGUCCCUGGUGGCGUAGUGUGUUACUGAUGGUAGGCUUUGUUACUUUGGUCCCAGCUCUCUGCAGGUCAUUCACUAGGUCCCCCCGUGUGGUUCUGGGAUUUUUGCUCACCGUUCUUGUGAUCAUUUUGACCGCACGGGGUGAGAUCUUGUGUGGAGCCCCAGAUCGAGGGAGAUUAUCAGUGGUCUUGUAUGUCUUCCAUUUCCUAAUAAUUGCUCCCACAGUUGAUUUCUUCAAACCAAGCUGCUUACCUAUUGCAGAUUCAGUCUUCCCAGCCUGGUGCAGGUCUACAAUUUUGUUUCUGGUGUCCUUUGACAGCUCAUUGGUCUUGGCCAUAGUGGAGUUUGGAGUGUGACUGUUUGAGGUUGUGGACAGGUGUCUUUAAUACUGAUAACAAGUUCAAACAGGUGCCAUUAAUACAGGUAACGAGUGGAGGACAGAGGAGCCUCUUAAAGAAGAAGUUACAGGUCUGUGAGAGCCAGAAAUCUUGCUUGUUUGUAGGUGACCAAAUACUUAUUUUCCACCAUCAUUUGCAAAUAAAUUCAUUAGAAAUCCUACAAUGUGAUUUUCGGGAUUUUUCUUUUCUCAAUUUGUCUGUCAUAGUUGACGUGUACCUAUGAUGCAAAUUACAGGCCUCUCUCAUCUUUUUAAGUGGGAGAAGUUGCACAAUUGGUGGCUGACUAAAUACUUUUUUCCCCCACUGUAAUAGGCUGUUAGAAAUGAAUGGAGAGUAUUCCCGUCGCUCUGUCUGUGGGAUUGGCUGUGGAGCAGCUGUGGCCCAACUGCUGCCCCAGACCGGGGGGGGGGGGUGAGCCCACCCAGGGGUUGCCUGGCCUGCCCGGCUACAGAGCCUUAGCCUGGAUGGUUGAAUGGGCAAACCGACUGACUGUCCCCCCCAAUGUCUCCAGUGAUUCGCCUCAGAUCUGGGCUCCAUCUGGCCCAGUGCGUAAUAGCAACCAGAAAACAGACGGGAACACAUGCACACAUACAUGAACAAAUCAAAAACAAGAGACAAAAGGACUGAGAUUCCUGGAUCUCUCAAAGACAAAAUUCUCUCAGGUGAUUGAUGUGAUCGCUACAGGCCCAAAUGCCUCAUCCAUACAAUCCUGGCAGCAUAGCAUAAACCAGUGGCUAGGAGAUGUGUGAACAACAUGUUUGUUCAUCUGUUCAUAAAGUUCUACUGUCUAUGUUAACUGCAGUGCACAUUCACUGCAUUGCAAUGUUUUGAAUAGGGAGUUCUAUACUGAGAUUGAUAAAUUAGAUUUGCUCAUAUCGUAUUUGUAACUUUCUGAAAAAAAAGACACUAGAUUAAAACACUUCUUGGUUUUCUGGAGUGGAAUAAAUAGCUUAUUGAUUGAAUAAGUAGAUGCUAAAUUGCUUCAAAUAUACAGCAAAGGGAGAGAAUUCGAUUAACAAAGUAGAAGGGAAGCGAAAGAGUAAUUGAGAGAGAAUGAAAAGGGAGAAGAAAAAGCAGGAAUCCAUUCUGUUACUUUGUCAAAGCCCAGUGGAGCCAUGUUGCUGCUUGAGAUGAGCUCCACGCAGAUAGUGGCUGGGGCUAGAGCUGGGGAUGGGGCGGGGCUUGGGGCUCUGGAUGGGGAUGGGGCUGGGGCUCUGGCUGGGACUAGGGCUCUGGAAGGGGCUGGGGCUCUGAAUGGGGAUGGGGCUCUGGAAGGGGAUGGGGCUCUGGAAGGGAUUGGGGUUGGGGUUCUGGAAAGUGCUGGGGCUCUGAAUGGGGAUGGGGCUCUGGAAGGGGAUGGGGCUGUGGCUCUGGAAGGGGUUGUGGCUCUGGAAGGGACUGGGGUUUGGGUUCUGGAAAGUGCUGGGGCUCUGAAUGGGGAUGGGGCUCUGGAAGGGGAUGGGGCUGUGGCUCUGGAAGGGGUUGUGGCUCUGGAAGGGACUGGGGUUUGGGUUCUGGAAAGUGCUGGGGCUCUGAAUGGGGAUGUGGCUCUAGAAGGGGAUGGGGCUGUGGCUCUGGAAGGGGUUGUGGCUCUGGAAGGGACUGGGGUUGGGGUUCUGGAAAGUGCUGGGGCUCUGGAUGGGGAUGGGGCUCUGGAAGGGGAUGGGGCUGUGGCUCUGGAAGGGGUUGUGGCUCUGGAAGGGACUGGGGUUGGGGUUCUGGAAGGAGCUGGGGCUUUGGAUGGGGAUAGGGCUCUGGAAGGGGAUGGGGCUGAGGCUCUGGAUGGGGUUGUGGCUCUGGAAGGGACUGGGGUUGGGGCUCUGGAAGGGGCUGGGGCUCUGGAUGGGGCUGAGGCUCUGGAUAGGGCUGAGGCUGCACUGGUGGGGAGGAGAGAGAGUCUAUUCUCAAUGUCCCGUCGGUUAUUUCCUGAAGUGUAUAGCUGAGUUAAGAGGGCUUUCUCACAAUGUGAGAGCCGGGCUGGAGGUAGAGGCUUUACACAAAUAACAUCAUCUGUGGAUAAGUUGGUGUCGGCUUCCAGCUGUAUUAAGGCAGUCUCAGCCUUAUCCCCAGCCUUAGCCCCAGCCUCAGCCAGAAGCUGCCUGUCCAUGCAUGCAGGGGGAAGGAAGUCGACAGCAGAGAACACAGCACUCACCAGGGUAGAUAAAGGAAAUCACAGGGGAUGGAGGCAAGCAUUACUUUCCAGACAAAGUGGGUGUUAUUAUGCACUGGCUUUCCAGACACUGGGAUUGUAACUAGUCACUCCAUUUGUGACUGUCUCCUAGUAGUUACAGUACACAUACAACACGUCUUACAUUCAGGGUGUAUAUUCACAACUUCACCCAAAGCUGGCAACUGAAUAUACUUCAAUCUACUAAUUUGCUAUGCAUGCUCACAUUUACAUAAUUGUUAACCAAGUUAUUAUUUUGUCUCGUCAGUGGUGGAACCCUGUUGACCAUCAGUGGAACUAACCUAGCCACCAUCAGAGAGCCCAAGAUCAGAGCUAAGUACGGCUCCGCCGAGUCUUUCCAUGUGAGUAUGGACCUGGCCAGACACCUCAAUACACACACAUCACUCACACACACCUCACUCACACACACACCUCACUUAUUCACACACACCUCACUCACACACACACCUCACUUAUUCACACACACCUCACUUAUUCACACACACCUCACUCACACCCAACUCACUUAUUCACACACACCUCACUUAUUCAAACACACCUCACUCACACAUAUCUCACUCACUCACUUAUACACCCCUCACUCACACACACACACACCUCACUCACACACACACACCUCACUCACACAAACACCUCACUCACACAUACCUCACUCACACACAUACCUCACUCACACACUAGUGAUGCGCGGGUUGACUCAUAACCCGCAGUCCCAGCGGUUAUAUCCGCGGGGCGGGCGGGUUUAGGGUCAUUAAAUCAGUAGAGGAUGCCUGGUUGUUCUUUAAAAGUGCUUUCCUCUCAAUCUUAAAUAAGCAUGCCCCAUUCAAAAAAUUCAGAACUAAGAACAGCCCCUUGUUCUCCUCAGACUUGACUGCCCUUGACCAGCACAAAAACAUCCUGUGGCGUACUGCAUUAGCAUCGAACAGCCCCCGCGAUAUGCAACUUUUCAGGGAAGUCAGGAACCAAUAUACACAAUCAGUUAGGAAAACAAAGGCUAGCUUUUUCAAACAUAAAUUUGCAUCCUGUAGCGCUAACUCCAAAAGGUUUUGGGACACUGUAAAGUCCAUGGAGAAUAAGAGCACCUCCUCCCAACUGCCCACUGCACUGAGGCUAGGAAACACUGUCACCACCGAUAAAUCUACAAUAAUUGAGAAUUUCAACAAGCAUUUUGCUACGGCUGGCCAUGCUUUCCACCUGGCUACCACUACCCUGGCCACCAGCUCUGCACCCUCCACUGCAACUUGCCCUUGCCCCCCCCCACUUCUCCUUUACACAAAUUCAGACAGCUGAUGUUCUGAAAGAGCUGAAAAAUCUGUAUCCCUACAAAUCAGCUGGGCAAGACAAUCUGGACCGUUUCUUUCUAAAAUUAGCCGCCGAAAUUGUUGCAACCCCUAUUACUAGCCUGUUCAACCUCUCUUUCGUAACGUCUGAGAUCCCCAGAGAUUGGAAAGCUGCCGUGGUCAUCCCCCUCUUCAAAGGGGGUGAAACUCUAGAUCCAAACUGUUACAGACCUAUAUCCAUCCUGCCCUGCCUUUCGAAAGUUUUUGAAAGCCAAGUUAACAAACAGAUCACCGACCAUUUCGAAUCCCACUGUACCUUCUCCGCUAUGCAAUCCGGUUUCCGAGCUGGUCAUGGGUGCACCUCAGCCACGCUCAAGGUCCUAAACGAUAUUAUAACCGCGAUCGAUAAAAGACAGUACUGCGCAGCCGUCUUCAUCGACCUGGCCAAGGCUUUCGACUCUGUCAACCACCGCAUUCUUAUUGGCAGACUAAAUAGCCUUGGUUUCUCAAAUGACUGCCUCGCCUGGUUCACCAACUACUUCUCAGAUAGAGUUCAAUGUGUCAAAUCGGAGGGCCUGUUGUCUGGACAUCUGGCAGUCUCUAUGGGGGUUUCACAGGGUUCAAUUCUCGGGCCGAUUCUAUUCUCUGUGUAUAUCAAUGAUGUUGCUCUUGCUGCUGGUGACGCUCGGAUCCACCUCUAUGCGGACGAUACCAUUUUGUAUACAUCUGGCCCUUCAUUGGACACUGUGUUAACAAACCUCUAAACGAGCUUCAACGCCAUACAACACUCCUUCAGUAGCCUCCAACUGCUCUUAAACACUAGUAAAACUAAAUGCAUGCUCUUCAACCGAAUGCUGCUUGCACCCGCCCACCCGACUAGAAUCACUACUCUCGGUGGGUCUGACCUAGAGUAUGUGGACAACUACAAAUACCUAGGUGUAUGGUUAGACUGUAAACUCUCCUUCCAGACUCGCAUUAAGCAUCUCCAAUCAAAAGUUAGAUCUAGAAUCGGCUUCCUAUUUCGCAACAAAGCCUCCUUCACUCAUGCUGCCAAACAUGCCCUCGUAAAACUGACUAUCCUACCGAUCCUUGACUUCGGCGAUGUCAUUUACAAAAUAGCCUCCAACACUCUACUCAGCAAAUUGGAUGUAGUCUAUCACAGUGUCAUCCGUUUUGUCACCAAAGCCCCAUAUACUACCCACCAUUGUGACCUGUACGCUCUUGUUGGCUGGCCCUCACUGCAUAUUCGUCGCCAAACCCACUGGCUCCAGGUCAUCUAUAAGUCACUGCUAGGCAAAUCCCCGUCUUAUCUUAGCUCACUGGUCACCAUAGCAACACCCACCCGUAGUCUGUGCUCCAGCAGGUAUAUCUCACUGGUCAUCCCCAAAGCCAACACCUCCUUUGGCCGCCAUUCCUUCCAGUUCUCUGCUGCCAAUGACUGGAACGAACUGCAAAAAUCUCUGAAGCUGGAGACUCUUAUCUCCCUCACUAACUUUAGGCGUCAGUUGUCAGAGCAGCUUACCGAUCACUACACCUGUACACAGCCCAUCUGUAAUUAGCCCAUCCAACUACCUCAUCCCCAUAUUGUUAUUUAUUUUGCUAAUUUGCACCCCAGUAUCUCUAUUUGCACAUCAUCUAUCAUUCCAGUGUUAAUACGAAAUUGUAACUAUUUUGCACUAUGGCCUAUUUAUUGCUUUACCUCCAUAAUUUACUACAUUCACAAACACUGUAAAUAUAUUUUCUGUUGUAUUUUUGACUUUGUUUUGUUUACCGCAUAUGUAACUCUGUUGUUGUUUUUAUUGCACUGCUUUGCUUUAUCUUGGCCAGGUCGCAGUUGUAAAUGAGAACUUGUUCUCAACUGGCUUACCUGGUUAAAUAAAGGUUAAAUAAAUAAAAUACGGACGGACGGGUUGAAUAAAGAGAAACAAUACCUUAAAAAAUCCAUAAAUGUAUAAUUCUUGUGUAAUUUAUAUAGGCUACAUUGCGGUUUUUCUUUCAUUAUUUUAGGCUAUCUGCUAUUAGUGCAUAAGCCUAAGCUUCAGGGUUUAACUGUAUGCGUGCCAAAUAGCCUGCACGCCAAUCGCCAAAUGCUUUUGGGAACGUGCAGAAAAAGUUAACGUUGAUCUACAGACGCAAAAAUGACAGUGUCAGAGUUUAAUUCAAUAAAAGAAAUGCUGCGAAAUGGAGAGUUGAAAAUGAAGAGAAGGGAGGGCCAGAAAAGUCAUGUUGUUUGGGAAAGAUUUGGUGAAGUGGUAAAAGAGGAUGAUAGCAGCGUCGGCUAUGUUAUGUGUGAUGAUAUUGAGGCGCUAUACAAAUUCGACAGUCACAAGAUGAGGACUUCAAAUAAGCCUAUGGCACGUCAAGAGAACUGUAGCCUAUUGUUCAGAUGGGUUAAAUGGAAACAGAAAUCUGGACACUGACUGUAGGUAUAUAACCUCUCACAUAGCCUUAAAUUUAACUCCUGCAGAAUUAAGCAUUUCUUGCAGUAAAAUGAUACACCAUAUGUAGGCUAAAUUUUGACUCUGGAACAGGAGUGGAGAAAUAUAAUUUAUUUAUUUCAGCAUCUUGAGAGAAUGUAAAUGCGCAGUUAGAUUCCGUCGGUAGAGGUGCUAUCUUUAUCAGCAUCAUAAAUGCUGAUAGUAUUUAAACCACAUAAAAAAUGCAUCCAAGCCGAACUGAAAUCUUAUCAGAAAGAUAUUAGGUAGUUUUAGCAGCUUUCUAUUUCCUUACAAUUGGUCAAACUGAUGUUAUUUGGAAUUAUUUAUAUUUUCUCCGCUGUCCCUAAAUGUAUUUUCUUCGCGAAAAAAGCAGAGAUGACAGAGAACUUUACUGAUGUCAACUAGAUUGAAGCAUGAAUUCUAUACAUUAUUGGUGAGCAAGGGAUUAUAUAGUCUUCUAGGGCAACAUAUGACAGAAGAAAAGCUGCAUGUAUCUAAUUAUAGACAUGUUGACUAACAAAUAGCCUUCCAAAUAUUCGGAAAUUAUAUGCAGAAACAUAUCUAAAUCAGGCCCAAAAAAUCCUGUACCCCCUGUCAAAAAAUAGUUAGCCAUUUCUGACAUUAGCCUACAGCGCAUUUUAUAUAUUAGCUAGUUAGGGUCGGGUGCAGGCCUCAGAUUUUCCCUUUAUCACAUACAGUGAGGGAAAAAAGUAUUUGAUCCCCUGCUGAUUUUGUACGUUUGCCCACUGACAAAGAAAUGAUCUGUCUAUAAUGUUAUUGGUAGGUUUAUUUGAACAGUGAGAGACAGAAUAACAACAAAAGAAUCCAGAAAAACGCAUGUCAAAAAUGUUAUAAAUUGAUUUGCAUUUUAAUGAGGGAAAUAAGUAUUUGACCCCCUCUCAAUCAGAAAGAUUUCUGGCUCCCAGGUGUCUUUUAUACAGGUAACGAGCUGAGAUUCGGAGCACACUCUUAAAGGGUGUCCUCCUAAUCUCAGCUUGUCACCUGUAUAAAAGACACCUGUCCACAGAAGCAAUCAAUCAAUCAGAUUCCAAACUCUCCACCAUGGCCAAGUCCAAAGAGCUCUCCAAGGAUGUCAGGGACAAGAUUGUAGACCUACACAAGGCUGCAAUGGGCUACAAGACCAUCGCCAAGCAGCUUGGUGAGAAGGUGACAACUGUUGGUGCGAUUAUUCGCAAAUGGAAGAAACACAAAAUAACUGUCAUUCUCCCUCGGCCUGGGGCUCCAUGCAAGAUCUCACCUCGUGGAGUUGCAAUGAUCAUGAGAACGGUGAGGAAUCAGCCCAGAACUACACGGGAGGAUCUUGUCAAUGAUCUCAAGGCAGCUGGGACCAUAGUCACCAAGAAAACAAUUGGUAACACACUACGCCGUGAAGGACUGAAAUCCCGCAGCGCCCGCAUGGUCCCCCUGCUCAAGAAAGCACAUAUACAGGCCCGUCUGAAGUUUGCCAAUGAACAUCUGAAUGAUUCAGAGGAGAACUGGGUGAAAAAUCAAGGUCUUUGGCAUCAACUCAACUCGCCGUAUUUGGAGGAGGAGGAAUGCUGCCUAUGACCCCAAGAACACCAUCCCCACCGUCAAACAUGGAGGUGGAAACAUUAUGCUUUGGGGGUGUUUUUCUGCUAAGGGGACAGGACAACUUCACCGCAUCAAAGGGACAACGGACAGGGCCAUGUACCGUCAAAUCUUGGGUGAGAACGUCCUUCCCUCAGCCAGGGCAUUGAAAAUGGGUCGUGGAUGGGUAUUCCAGCAUGACAAUGACCCAAAACACACGGCCAAGGCAACAAAGGAGUGGCUGAAGAAGAAGGACAUUAAGGUCCUGGAGUGGCCUAGCCAGUCUCCAUACCUUAAUACCAUAGAAAAUCUGUGGAGGGAGCUGAAGGUUCGAGUUGCCAAACGUCAGCCUCGAAACCUUAAUGACUUGGAGAAGAUCUGCAAAGAGGAGUGGGACAAAAUCCCUCCUGAGAUGUGUGCAAACCUGGUGGCCAAAUACAAGAAACGUCUGACCUCUGUGAUUGCCAACAAGGGUUUAGCCACCAAGUACUAAGUCAUGUUUUGCAGAGGGGUCAAAUACUUAUUUCCUUCAUUAAAAUGCAAAUCAAUUUAUAACAUUUUUGACAUGCAUUUUUCUGGAUUUUUUUGUUGUUAUUCUGUCUCUCACUGUUCAAAUAAACCUACCAUUAAAAUUAUAGACUGAACAUGUCUUUGUCAGUGGGCAAACGUACAAAAUCAGCAGGGGAUCAAAUACUUUUUUCCCUCACUGUAUAGUCGGGCAGUUGCAGAAUGCAGAUGGUUAUUAGCAAUUGCAGGCGGUUGCGGGUGAACAAACAGCACCUCACUCACACACUCACCUUAAACUCACACACACACACCUCACCUACACACACCUCGUCACGCGGUGUGUCUUCCAAGGUGCCCGUCAGACUGUCUGCCCAUUCUGUCUCUUGUUUCUGCCCUGCUCCUUGAAACAAGACAUCCAACACCCCCCCAGACCGUUUAACCUUUAAAAUGUCACAGGACAACAAAGCGUUGUUGGCAAAUCACCCCUCACCCCCCUCACCUUGCACCACGGGGCUCCAUUAACCUUUCCUCCAGUUCUAACAGAAGGGAAUCAACUUCUGCUUAAUGACCGUGUCCUAAUGCCCCGUCCCUUGUGCUCAGUUUAAACUAGCUUCUCCUCUAGACACAAUGCUGCUGAGGUCCUUGUGCUCAAUGUUGGUUAGCAUGUUUAGUGGUCCCUGUAGAGAAGCAUACAGCAUAGGUGAUUAUUACAGUUCUGAAACUACUAGCAGUGGCUGGAGACAUAAACACAACACACCAAAGCAGUAACAUUUUCCUAGACUUCAGAAUGUUUAGCUGGGGAUUAGAGAAACUAUAAUGAGAUAUAUAUAUAUAUAUAUAAACCAAUACACAAAUCUUUAUGUGGGUGUUCAAGCAACCUGGGUCCUCUAGGGGACCAAACAAUUUAUCAUAUCACACUUUUCUAAACAAUUUUCCCUCCCUCGUCCCUCUCAGAACUGCACAGUGUUUAAUAACUCUGUGAUGGUGUGCCUGGCCCCGUCGGUUGCCGACUCCGAGAGGGGCUUCUCAGACACGGGCAGUGGGCCGGAUGAGAUCGGCUUCUACAUGGACAACGUCCACGCUCUGGUGGUGGUCAACGAGACGUUCAGCUACUACCCCGACCCCGUGUUCGAACUCCUUAGCCCCACCGGGGUCCUGGAGCUAAAACCGACUUCCCCUCUAAUCCUCAAGGUAAGAGAGCCUGAGCAGAGUGGGGUGGAGUUGGGGGUGAACACUCAGCACCAGAGAGGCUUACUAAUUUCAACGAGUUGAUAUUGAUAUUAUCAAAUGUUUACCAGGGAAUUGUCUUUCACCUGUCUAUCUCAUAAACCGUUAAUAUAAUUGUAUUUGUUUACCUUAAAUCCCUAUUGAAAUACAGCGUAUAAUCCUACUAAUAGGCCUCCUGUAGCUCAGUUGGUAGAGCAUGGCGCUUGCAAUGCCAGGGUUGUGGGUUCAAUUCCCACGGGGGGCCAGUAUGAAAAAUGUAUACACUCACUAACUGUAAGUCGCUCUGGAUAAGAGCGUCUGCUAAAUGACUAAAAUGUAAAUGUAUUAUAUAAAAUAAUCUACUGAUUAUUCGAUGUAGAUUAUACAUGUAUCCCCCAGCUCCGACUCAAAACAUAAAAAUUGUGAUGGUGGUGCAUUAUUUUCCUGUGAGCCAAUUGAAACAGAAAAACCAAUAUAAUUUCUUUAAAUGAAAUGUAUUAACGAAACCUUUUCUGAUUGCAGAGAGAAUGCCCCACCUGGCUUGUUAAAACUAACCUCCACAUUAGCACAGUGAUGAGAAUAAGAAAAUGCAAUUUGGUGAAAUAAUCAGGGGUAUUUUACGAGAUGCGCAUCGCAUUCGCCACGGAAUUAAUUUCUUAUCUGAUAUGAUGUGUGUUGCUGGGGGUGGUGUCGGGGUGCUUGCCUGAUGCAGAGUGAAAUGAUAGUGGAUAGAAUGCAUGCCUAAAGUGUUCCAGGGCUUGACCUGCCCGGGAGGAGCCCUGUGGAGAGAGGGAUUGGAAGUAUGCUCUUCUCUCAUGCUACUAGAGCAGUGGGUGGCAGAACAGCACUCUCUCUCUCUCGCUCUCUCUCCACCUGCUCCUCUCCUCCCUUCUCUUGUUGCUCCUCUCUCUCUGUAGUUGAAGGCUACAGAUCUGUCAGACAAUGCCCUCGCUCUCACACCUGGGCAUAGAGAGAGACGCUUGGAAAAAAAUAAGAAAAAAAUAUACUUCCUGAAACUUUUGUCAAAUAGAAUUCUUGUAUCCUCCAACUUCAGACUUGCCCGCUAGCAGCCUUGGAUCCUGGGACUUUCCUGGCUCGUUGAAGACUAGGUUCAUCAUACUGUUCCUAGCCAUGGAUGAAAGGCUGUGCCAUGUUGAUUAAAGUUUGACAUUUUGUUUCUGUUUGUCCCCUUAGGGUCGGAACCUUAUCCCUGCGGCCCCUGGUAACUCCAGGCUGAACUACACAGUGUUCAUUGGGGAGACCCCCUGUGUGCUAACCCUCUCUGAAACCCAGCUGCUGUGUGAAUGGCCCAACCUCACCGGACAGCACAAAGUCACGGUGGGCACUCGAUACCAUUUCACAUAAGACUCUCUUUGGACACACUAUCUCUCUCAUCUUUACUGUGCUUUACCUAACAUUUAUUCCCAUAUUCAUUUUGUUCAGUAAAAUUCUACAUUUAGUUACGGAGUAAUAAAUGUGACUUCAGUUUAAAUAGUACUUCUUUUUAUGUGCAAAGGCUACUCUCUCUAAAUAUCCUCAAAUACACCCACACAGUCCCCUCAACACAUAUCUCUACUCUCCUCUCUAGUCACACUGUCUGUGUGACAUUUACUAGUCUGGAAUACCUUGAAAGUACUGACAAUGCAUCCAUGUAAUUCAAUAUGAAGGCUCUCCAAACUACCUGUACGCUUGGAGCUGGAUUUUUUUUCCUUAACUAAAUGUCAUGUUGAAUAUUGAAUAGUGUGAGUGUGUGUGUGUGUGUGUGUGUGGUGGGCUGGGAAGAAGGGCACAGCUAUGUAUUGUAUUCCCUCUUUAAAAUGACCUACAUACCACACAAGUCUGUGUCUCUGGAUGGGUGCAGUCGUGUGUGUGUGUGUGUGUGUGUGUGUGUGUGUGUGUGUGUUGUUUAGUUUAGUUUGCUCCCUCAGAUGCACUUUUAUUUUAUUUUUAUUUCACCUUUAUUUAACCAGGUAAGCCAGUUGAGAACAAGUUCUCAUUUACAACUGCGACCUGGCCAAGAUAAAGCAAAGCAGUGCGAUAAAAACAACAACACAGAGUUACAUAUGGGGUAAACAAAACAUAAAGUCAAAAAUACAACAGAAAAUAUAUAUACAGUGUGUGCGAAUGUAGUAAGUUAUGGAGGUAAGGCAAUAAAUAGGCCAUCGUGCAAAAUAGUUACAAUUUCGUAUUAACACUGGAAUGAUAAAUGUGCAAAAGAUGAUCUGCAAAUAGAGAUACUGGGGUGCAAAUUAGCAAAAUAAAUAACAAUAUGGGGAUGAGGUAGUUGGGUGGGCUAAUUUCAGAAUGGCUGUGUACAGGUGCAGUGAUCGGUAAGCUGCUCUGACAACUGACGCUUAAAGUUAGUGAGGGAGAUAAGAGUCUCCAGCUUCAGAGAUUUUUGCAGUUCGUUCCAGUCAUUGGCAGCAGAGAACUGGAAGGAAUGGCGGCCAAAAGAGGUGUGCUUUGGGGAUGACCAGUGAGAUAUACCUGCUGGAGCGCAGACUACGGGUGGGUGUUGCUAUGGUGACCAGUGAGCUAAGAUAAGACGGGGAUUUGCCUAGCAGUGAUUUAUAGAUGACCUGGAGCCAGUGGGUUUGGCGACGAAUAUGCAGUGAGGGCCAGCCAACAAGAGCGUACAGGUCACAGUGGUGGGUAGUAUAUGGGGGUUUGGUGACAAAACGGAAGGCACUGUGAUAGACUACAUCCAAUUUGCUGAGUAGAGUGUUGGAGGCUAUUUUGUAAAUGACAUCGCCGAAGUCAAGGAUCGGUAGGAUAGUCAGUUUUACGAGGGCAUGUUUGGCAGCAUGAGUGAAGGAGGCUUUGUUGCGAAAUAGGAAGCCGAUUCUAGAUCUAACUUUUGAUUGGAGAUGCUUAAUGUGAGUCUGGAAGGAGAGUUUACAGUCCAACCAGAUACCUAGGUAUUUGUAGUUGUCCACAUACCCUAGCACAGCCCCUGCGAGUUUUCUAAGAAAUGUAUUUGGCCUUUAGGUUUUUCUGUUCUCUUCAGUCCCUUCCUUGUCAAUACAAUUAAGCAAUAAGGCCCGAGGGGGUGUGGUAUAUGGCCAAUAUACCAUGGCUAAGGGCUGUUCUUACACACGACACAACGCAGGGUGCUUGGUUACAGCCCUUAGCUGUGGUGCAUUGGCCAUAUACCACAAACCCCAGAGGUGCCUUAUUGCUAUUAUAAACAGGUUACCAACAUAAUUAGAACAGUAAACAAGUAGUUCUGCGUCAUACUCAUGGUAUAAUCUCUCAUAUACCACGGCUUUCAGUCAAUCAGCAUCCAGGGCUCGAACGACCCGGUUUAUAAAAGAAAAUAGAUGAUGUUUAGAAACUAUGGAGGAACUUUUAGCACCUGGAGGAACUUUUAGCACCUGAACCAAAACAACCCAAUUUUAUAAGUCUAACAUUCUUUGACUGUGUUAACUUGAUGAGACUCUACUUUAAAGUGCAGUAAUCAUAGUUCAUCUAAAUACUUAUCAACCCCCCACUGAAUACCUUGAUUUGAGAUAUUCCAGUAAUGGGUUCUGUCAGACCUGCUGCGUUUAUGUAAAUGUUGUUUGUUAGAACCCAUUCCCAGUGUUUUACUCCUAUUAAUUACUUUGGUUCCUGAGGGGAAGAUUCUUUAACUGUAGUGAUUGCUUUGUUUGAUUACACUCUGUGAUGUGUUUCUCUCUCUCUCUCUCUCUGUGUGUGUGUGUGUGUGUGUGUGUGUAUGUGUGUGUGUGUGUUCAGGUCCGGGUGGGUGGGUUCGAGUACUCCCCUGGUACUCUCCAGAUCUACUCAGAUAGCCUGCUGACCCUGCCUGCCAUCAUCGGCAUUGGGGGAGGUGGUGGUCUGUUGCUAUUGGUCAUCAUCGCUGUGCUCAUUGCCUACAAGAGGAAGUCCCGCGAUGCUGACCGCACCCUGAAACGCCUGCAGCUGCAGAUGGACAACCUGGAGUCCAGAGUGGCCCUUGAGUGUAAAGAAGGUACGACUCUCUCUCUCUCUCUCUCUCUCUCUCUCUCUCUCUCUCUCUCUCUCUCUCUCUCUCUCUCUCUCUCUCUCUCUCUCUCUCUCUCUCUCUUGUUUCUCUCUAUUUCAUAAUCACUCUCUUAUUCUUUAUCUGUGUGGAUAUGUCACUGUGCUGUAGCUGCACUCUGUCCAGUCGUCAUGGUAACAGGUUGGUGUGGAUGAUGCCCGGGCUGAAGCUCUGUGGUGGUGGUGGUGUGGCUGCGCGGUAUCCUCAGAAUGUGUGAGUGUGUGUGUUUGUGUUGUGCUGACAACCAGGUUUGUGUUGGUGUUGUGACGUUGUGCGGUGCAGCGCGUCUCUGCUGCGUUGGGCUCUGCCUGCCUGCCUGCCUGCCUGCUGCUCUCUGAGAGAUGGACGGAGACUAAUUGGCCAUUGUCUGUGGGUGGAUGUCCGGAGGGUCACAACCUUGUCAGUCUCAGCCCAUAGCACAGCCUUUGGCCAAACACUGAUGGAUACAGGAAUAGAAGGAGGAUAAAUCUGUCAGGGAGAGAGAGAGAUAAGAGGGACUGUGUGGGGUCAGAUGGAAUAGUACAGGGGACAUUGGAGAGUGAUUCAUUUAACGCUACUGUUACUCCACUUGUAUACCUGAUAUAAUGAGCAUUGUUGACAGACCAGCAGCACCAGAUAGUGACAGUAUACUACACCUCUGCCUGUGUCUGUGUAGCUGGGAAGUUUGGUAUAAAAACCCUGAGCUGCACCAAGAAGUGGAGCAUUGCUGUGUCCCCGCCCCCUGCCCCAGCAGACUGGGGGGCGGGCCUGGCAGCGGGGAGCUGGGCGUGUCCCACUAAGUGUCAGUCAGCAGGGGAGAGGAUUGGAUGAUAGGAGAGGUGGAGCUCAGUGAGCCGUGCUGUAAAGGCCAUCAGAGAGCAGUGUAAUCCAAACAAACACACAAAUAACCAUAACAGUCACAAGGCUAAUGGGUCAUUAACAACAGAUUAGAUGCUGCUGCAACUGUUGAUGGGGUGAAGAUCUGCUGUGUAGUUUGCUCUGCUGGAUGUAAUGGUGGCUUUGCCUCAGUGCUUAGACAUAACAAACUCAAUAGAAUGAAGAACAACUAUUUUAUUUAGUCAAUCAACGGAAAGACAUAGCCAGUCAUCUUUUCUGCCAGCAAUGUAUGUUGACAAUUCUUCAAUAAUAACUUUUAAUUGUUAUUUUUGCCUCUUGUAUUUAUUUAUUUUUUGCAACGUUUUUUUUUAUUUGCCAUUUUUUAAUGACUAUACAGAUAACACAGACAGAACAGGUAGAGGGCAAAACACAUGGAUCCCCUACCAAACCAAACCAAACCAAAUAAAAUCAAACCCCCCCCCCCCCCCCCAACCCCCCCAUGCUCUAACAGAGCCCCAAAACCAGACUUAAAGCAGGCAUGAUAUACAAUGAGUCAUACAAUCAAAUAGUAAAGAAAUACAAUGAUAUUAAGUAAAAAUAAUGAUACAAAUUCUAAUUUGGGUUGGUUUAUGGAGUUGUGAAAUUAGCUGGGUUCAUGUCUUCUACAAAGGAUAGGAAAGGUUGCCAGAUAUUCCCCUGUAGCUCAGUUGGUAGAGCAUGGUGCUUGCAACGCCAGGGUUGUGGGUUCGUUUCCCACGGGGGGCCAGUAUGAAAAAUGUAUGCACUCACUAACUGUAAGUCGCUCUGGAUAAAAGCGUCUGCUAAAUGACUAAAAUGUAAAUGUAAUAUUAUAAAAUGUAAUUGCAGAUCCCCUAACGGAGUAGCGUAUUUUCUCUUGCUUGAGAUGUUGCAUAACUUCCUUUAUCCAAUGGUUAAAAGUAGGAGGAAACCGAUCCUUCCACUUAAAUAGUCUAAGAUUUAAAUAGUUAUUUUAUCUCUAUGAAUAAUUGGACCCAUACUGAACGGCCCAUAUUUGCUGUACAUUUUUUUUACAUUUGAGUCAUUUAGCAGACGCUCUUAUCCAGAGUGACUUACAGUUAGUGAGUGCAUACAUUUUCAUACUGCCUGUGUCUGUGUACAUGAUAAUAAAGCCUUAAUUUCUCCUCAUUUUUUUAUAUAAUUCUUUCCUUUUUCCUUUAGGAAUCAUGCAGUCUGUAUAAUAUUUGAGUGGCUGCUGUACUGUAUGUAGAAAUAGAGAAGCCCCCACAGAAGGAGGAUCUUAGCGCUCUACUAUUAGCAUCCCAGCGGACGAUGCGGGGCAAUAACAGCUGGAGGAAAUUAUGCAUGAAACGCAUUGCUCCUUUAUUAAUUAUCCACUCAUGCAAUUAAUUGACUUUCUUUCAGAUGAACUUUGUUUUCUCUUUUUCUCUUUCCGUCUCUCUCUUUUUCUGUAAUUUUGUUUAGCGCUUCUCUUGAAUUUCCGACAAGUAUGGAUUAAAUUCAGAAACACUGUACCAGAAGAAUGAAAUCAACAUUCUAUUUAAUUGCCUAUCAAGCUGUCUUUUUCUAGAAGCCAAUUAGUGCAGUAUUGGUGUGGUGGUAUAUGAUUGCUGUUGACAUUAAUACUGUGCAGCACACAGUUGUUACAUUGGAGUACAAUGUAAUGAAGAUACACUACAUCCAUAAUAUCCUUUCUAUGUCCAUUCUUAACCAAUGCAGUAGUCAGGCCAGCCCUGUGUUGUACUAAUCUCUGUGUCCAUCUGUCUGUCUGUCUGUGUGAUCCCCAGCCUUUGCAGAGCUGCAGACAGACAUCCAUGAGCUGACCCAGGAGCUGGACGGAGCGGGCAUCCCCUUCCUGGAAUACAGGACCUACGCCAUGCGGGUACUGUUCCCUGGCAUCGAGGACCACCCCGUGCUCAAGGAGAUGGAGGUACGGGUCAAGGAGGUACACCACCACUGCCACCGCAGCAUGUAGUCUAGAUACAUCUAUAUCUAUACCUAUUAAUCUAUAUGUACCUAUAUCUAUACCCCACACUGUCUGCAUAAUAAAGGGAACCUUUGAUCUAGGCAAUAUGAUAUGGCUAUACCAUUUCAUAUACACUAACCACAUCACAUAGUAUUUUUCUCUGCAUGUAAUAUCAAUGUCAUUACACAUUUCUCGUAUAUCAUUUGAUAUUAUUUUACAGCGGGAAAAACAAGUAAAUCAUUAAAUCCCACCUGGUUUACCAUGAAAUAUAUCUAAAUGGCCAUCAGAAUACAGUGUAGAGACUGUCUCCACCGCCUGCCCUGUCAACUACAGGCUCAUCGAAAGGGGAGGGAUUACAUCUUUAUUGUUAUGCCCGGGUUUCUUUUCCACCGAAUUUCCCCUCGGGUCCCUGGCGUAAUCAACUGUCCAUACACACGGCUCAAUCCCUUAUUGCUCUGUGUAGCUGCUCUCUCCAAAGCAACCUACAGUACCCAGCCUGUUCCCCAGAGGCCCCAGAAUUUCAUUUAGCUCAGCUGAGGAAAAUUGUGGCACUUUAUUAGGCCAUGCAGUGGAAGGAAGAGAGAUUCUGUGGAGUCACUGUGCAUGGUGUAUGGUACGCCGGUCCUCGAUUGGCUACAGGACUGAAUGUAUGUCAGAGUUAUGAGGGCAGACGAGGAUCAUGGGAGACAGGUCGGUGGGGGGAUGGGGCCAGGGGAUUGGCUAGUGGAGGAGGAAGUGUUUUUUCGUAAAGACAAAGACAGUACUUUGACUUGUUUUUCCUUUUAUUAACACGUACUGGAUGUUGUUUGGGAAUGACAUUAUGCCAUAAGCCUUGCAGAAUAUACUAGAUGUUUGUCUCUCUUUUGAAGAGACACUACCCAGUAGCACUGCCUCAUCUGUGUGAGAGAGUUAGAGUGACGGAUUGUGGGUCAGAUCUGGAGGGGGCUGUAGUGUUGCUGAUGAGAAGUGACAGAUGGCAGCCUGUGGAACAAGCUUCUGUCACCCAGCCACCCCCGGACACACAGCACUGCACAGGCCCUCUCCUCUCACCCAGCCACCCCUGGACGCAUAGCACAGCACUGCACAGGCCCUCUCCUCUCUACGCCUCAGUGCAUCCCCCUCUUCCUCUGUCCUUCCUUUAUAUUUCCUCCUGUGCUCUACUGACGACUUAUGGCAAAUUGAUCAUAAGCCAUUUGAGGAAACAAAUUGGGUUCUUGUGGCCUCCUGUAGCUCAAUUGGUAGAGCAUGGCGCUUGCAACGUCAGGGUUGUGGGUUCGAUUCCCACGGGGGGCCAGUAUGAAAUAAAUGUAUGCACUCACUAACUGUAAGUCGCUCUGGAUAAGAGCGUCUGCUAAAUGAGUUAAAUGUAAAUGAAACAGCUCCUAAUAUAGAAUGCACUGCAGGCUUUAAAAGCAGCUAAGGUCAUGAAUGUAAUAUUAACAAUGUAUUUCCUUCAUAGGGCAAAAUGUCAUGUCUUGUAUACAUAACAUAGCCAUGCUUGAUAUAAAUGUAUGCUUACGUAAUGUAUUAUUUACAUUAGCCUUACUCUAUGUAUUUACCAUUAUACCAUUUACAGUACCAGUCAAAAGUUUGGACACACCUACUCAUUCCAGGGUUUUUCUUUAUUUUUACUAUUUUCUACAUUGUAGAAUAAGACUGAAGACAUCAAAACUAUGAAAUAACACAUAUGGAAUCAUGUAGUAACCAAAAAAGUGUUAAAUAAAUCAAAAUAUAUUUUAUAUUUGAGAUUCUUCAAAGUAGCCACCCUUUGCCUUGAUGACAGCUUUGUACACUUGGCAUUCGUACUCCAAAUAUUUACAUAUUUACAUAUUACAUUUACAACAAAUGUAAGUGACAGCCAGUCCCCAGGUCUGAUGGUGUUAUUGUUGUUGUUGACAGGUCCAGGCCAACCAGGAGAAGGCCCUGACUCUGUUUGGCCAGCUCCUCACCAAGAAGCACUUCCUGUUGACGUUCAUCCGCACCCUGGAGGCGCAGCGCUCCUUCUCCAUGCGUGACCGUGGCAAUGUGGCGUCGCUCAUCAUGACUGCGCUGCAGGGGGAGAUGGAGUAUGCCACAGGGGUCCUUAAACAGCUGCUCUCUGACCUCAUCGACAAGAACCUGGAGAGCAAGAACCACCCUAAACUGCUGCUGCGCCGGUGAGAUCACACACUUGUCCGUCGACACGCUCACACACUCACCCACUGACACAUUCACACAUUCGUCUGUUGACACACUCACACUUUUUCCAGUUCUAACACAAAUGUUUUAAUACUGUUCAAAUCCAAUCAAAUUGUAUUGGUCGCAUACACAUAUUUAGCAGAUAUUAUUGCGGAUGUAGCGAAAUGCUUGUGUUCCUAGCUCCAACAGUGCAGUAAUAUCGAACAAUACACAACAAUACACACACAUCUAAAAAGUAAAAUAGAAUUAAGAAAUAUAGAAAUAUUAGGAUGAGCAAUGUCGGAGUCGGGAGUAUACAUAUAUAUACAUACAUACAGUGUAUACAGUGCAUGCGGAAAGUAUUCAGACCCCUUGACUUUUUCCACAUUUUGUUAUGUUACAGCCUUAUUCUAAAAUGGAUUAAAUUGUUUUUUCCCCCUCAUCAAUCUGCACACAAUACUCCAUAUUGACAAAGCAAAAACAGGUUUUUAUAAAUUUUGCAAAUGUAUUACAAAUAUAAAACUGAAAUAUCACAUUUAAAUAAGUAUUCAGACCCUUUACUCAGUAUUUUGUUGAAGCACCUUUGGCAGUGAUUACAGCCUCGAGUCUUCUUGGGUAUGACGGUACAAGCUUAGCACACCUGUAUUUGGGGAGUUUCUCCCAUUCUUCUCUGCAGAUCCUCUCAAGCUCUGUCAGGUUGGAUGGGGAGCGUCGCUGCACAGCUAUUUUCAGGUCUCUCCAGAGAUGUUAGAUCGGGUUCAAGUCUGGGCUCUGGCUGGGCCACUCAAGGACAUUCAGAGACUUGUCCCGAAGCCACUCCUGCGUUGUCUUGGCUGUGUGCUUAGGGUCAUUGUCCUUUUGGAAGGUGAACCUUCGCCCCAGUCUGAGGUCCUGAGCUCUCUGGAGCAGGUUUUCAUCAAAUAUCUCUCUGUACUUUACUCUGUUCAUCUUUCCCUUGAUCCUGACUAGUCUCCCUACUGCUGAAAAAUAUCCCCACAGCAUGAUGCUGCCACCACCAUGCUUCACCGUAGGGAUGGUGCCAGGUUUCCACCAGACGUGACGCUUGGCAUUCAGGCCAAAGAAUUCAAUCUUGGUUUCAUCAGACCAGAGAAACUUGUUUCUCAAGGUCUGAGAGUCCUUUAGGAGCCUUUUGGCAAACUCCAAUCGGGCUGUCAUGUGCCUUUUACUGAGGAGUGGCUUCCGUCUGGCCACUCUACCAUAAAGGCCUGAUUGGUGGACUGCUGCAGAGAUGGUUGUCCUUCUGGAAGGUUCUCCCAUCUCCAAAGGGAACCCUGGAGCUCUGUCAGAGUGACCAUUGGGUUCUUGGUCACCUCCCUGACCAAGGCCCUUUUCCCCCGAUUGCUCAGUUUGGCCGGGUGGCCAGCUCUAGGAAGAGUCUUGGUGGUUCCAAACUUCUUCCAUUUAAGAUUGAUGGAAGCCACUGUGUUCUUGGGGACCUUCAAUGCUGCAGAAUUGUUUUGGUACCCUUCCCCAGAUCUGUGCCUCGACCCAGUCCUGUCUCUGAGCUCUACUGACAAGUCCUUCGACCUCAUGGCUUGGUUUUUGGUCUGACAUGCACUGUCAACAGUGGGACCUUAUAUAGACAGGUGUGUGCCUUUCCAAAUCAUGUCCAAUCAAUUCAAUUUACCACAGGUGGACUCCAAUCAAGUUGUAGAAACAUCUCAAGGAUGAUCAAUGGAAACAGGAUGCACCUGAGCUUAAUUUCGAGUCACAUAGCAAAUGGUCUGAAUACUUAUGUAAAUAAUUUGGAAUAAAUUAGCAAAAUAAUCUAAAAACCUGUUUUCGCUUUGUCAUUAUUGGGUAUUGUGUGUAGAUUGAUGAGAACUUUUUAAGAAGGUAAUCCAUUUUAGGAUGUAAAAAAAAAAGUAAAGGUGUCUGAAUACUUUCCGAAAUAACUGUAUAUGUGUGUGUGUGUGUGUGUGUGUGUGUGUGUGUGUGUGUAUAUACAGUACCAGUCAAAAGUUUUAGAACACCUACUCAUUCAAGGGUUUUUCUUAAUUUUUGCUAUUUUCUACAUUGUAGAAUAAUAGUGAAGGCAUCAAAACUAUGAAAUAACACAUAUGGAAUCAUGUAGUAACCAAAGAAGUGUUAAUCAACUCAAAAUAUAUUUUAUAUUUGAGAUUCUUCAAAUAUCCACCCUUUGCCUUGAUGACAGCUUUGCACACUCUUGGCAUUCUCUCAACCAGCUUCAUGAGGUAGUCACCUGGAAUGCAUUUCAAGUAACAGAUCUGCCUUGUUAAAAGUUCAUUUGUGGAAUUUCUUUCCUUCAUAAUGCGCAAUUGAGAUGGUUUGGAUUAGUUGGACCGCGGAGUGAAGGAAAAGCAGCCAACAGGUGCUCAGCAUAUGUGGGAACUCCUUCAAGACUGUUGAAAAGCAUUCCAGGUGAAGCAGGUUGAGAGAAUGCCAAGAGUGUGCAAAUCAGUCAUCAAGGCAAAGGGUGGCUACUUUGAUGAAUCUCAAAUAUAAAAUAUAUUUUUUUAACACUUUUUUUAAUUACUACGUGAUUACAUAUGUGUUAUUUCAUAGUUUUGAUGUCUUCACUAUUAUUCUACAACGUGAAUGAGUAGCCGGCUAGUGACAGUGACUAAAGUUCAGGGCAGGGUACUGGGCAGAGGCCGGCUAGUGGUGACUAUUUAACAAUCUAAUGGCUUUGAGAUAGAAGCUGUUUUUCAGUCUCUCGGUCCCAGCUUUGAUGCACCUGUACUGACCUCGCCUUCUGGAUGGUAGCGGGGUGAACAGACCGUGGCUCGGGUGGCUGAGGGCAUUGAUGACCUUCUUGUUUAAUACAUCUUAAUACUCUUACAUACACAGUAAUACAUGUUGUAUUUCUGUAUUCUCUCAAACCAUAGCCUAGAUGAAGGACUUAAACCCAAGAUGGCCAAAUCAAAGUCUUGGUUUAGGGUGUUUUGGAGAAGUUAUCUUCCUAUCACCCAUCCUCCCUGUGCCCCCUUAUAAUUUAGAUAAACUAGAGAAUUAAGGAGAGAAAGUAGCUUUUCUAUCUGCUGUAGGGGUAGGAGAAAGGGGAAAUGGAAGAGGCGCAAACUGUUUGCCCAGGUUUCCUCUCUGGAUAUUAGGAGAAAUAAAGUCCACUAAUUACAGUGGAUUUUAAUUGCUCCUCGUCUGGGGGACAUUUCAGGGGUCUUCAUUCGUUAGGCGACAGGUUUAUGAUUAAUGAGAGAAGUUACCCAAUUAUGGUAAUUGUCUGUUUUUAAUGAAGAUUGAUUGUUUGCGUUGAGAAUAAAGUAUUUUUUUCCUCAUGGAAGUAUCACAGCUUGGCUUCUGUCAAUUUUUUCUUAAACUAGAUUUGUUCCUGGUUAGUUUUGAGGUGGAGCAGCAAUUUCAUCCAGUUAAUUAUUUAAUUAUCAUGUCUAAUUGAUUCUCCUCUUGUUUUCCAUCUCCCUGUUAGAACGGAAUCUGUCGCUGAGAAGAUGUUGACCAACUGGUUCACAUUCCUCUUGUACAAGUUCCUAAAGGUAAGUCCACCAUCAAACCAACAAAAGGAUUUUCCCCAUCUCCUGUUUAUAAUUGCUUUAUGAUAAGUAGUAGUAAUUAGUUAGCACACUAUUAGCAUUUUACCAGUAAAGGCAUCGUUGGGCAAGGUCUGCUUAAGGCUCCAACGAGAGACAUUAUUUUUAUUUUAUUAUUUUGUUUAGUGUCAUUGUCUUUGACGGACAUGUUCUAGCCUACGGUCAUUAGGAGCCGUGUGUGUGUGACGUUCGACUGGACCUUCUCUCUUCACUCUCUUCUCACUCUCCCUCGCUCCCUCAUGGAAGAGUGUACAAUUACCCCCUAAUGAAGCCGGGAUGUGGAAUUAAAGAUAAUUUCACAGACAAGCGUGCCAUGGCGAGGGCUAGGGGAGUGAUGUAUGCAUGUUCCCUCUCGUUAGCAGCUGUCUGGUUAAUUAGCGGAGAUGCUAACGAGAUGUUAACAGCAUAUGGUGGCAGAGGGGAGAGAGGGAGAGUUGCGCUGCUGUGUAGAAGCCAGGAGAGGACACUGGAGGUGGAGACUUAGCUAGCUUUGGAUCCACCUCUAUCCCAGUUGGCAGUUAGCUAGGCCCUGUCUCCACCUCUCUCAGAGUUAGCUAGCUUCAGUCUCCACCUAUCUCCUAACUAGCUUCAGUCUCCACCACUCUCACACUCUCUGGGUGUGCCCUUAACUCACACAUAUGCAUGUGCUUAAUUCUCACCUUCCGCGUUAAAGACACUUUUUGAUUACUGAUAAAUGGUCGAGAGAGGGUGAGAGGGUAAGGAGUUUUGAGUGUGUUUUAAAAGUGGGAGAGAAAAAUGCUAUCCCUAUCAAGCACUUAGAGUGAUCUCUCUCUCUCUCUCUCUCUCUCUCUCUCUCUCUCUCUCUCUCUCUCUCUCUCUCUCUCUCUCUCUACCUCUCUCUCUCUCUCUACCUCACGCACUUUGGCUCUCUCGUUCUCUCUCGCUUUCUCUCUUUCUCUCAUCCUCGACUAUGGCACAUGCAUCUUUAACACUGUGAAGAGCUUAUUAAGCACUUCCUCUCAAUCGUUAACCUCUUAUUCGUUUCAGCCUCAGCUGCCACCUGGCCGUCCUCUCUGUCACUCUGCUCUAAACUGAUACUCGUUUUAAGAGGGAAACUAUUUCUUGGGUCUGAGCUGGGGAUAAUGACACUAUUGAUUUGGCAAGUGCACGUGAUAGUGCAAACGCAUGAAACAAUUAUAUGAGACCGCCUAGCGGUCUGUCCCCUAGGCCAGUGAGAAGACACAGGAGCAUAGCGUUGCCUCAUUGCCAACAUAUUUCCUGUUCAUAUGCAUUAGCAAGGCGCAUGCCCCGCCCACCUGAGGAUCUUUCUUUUUCAGCCAUCUAUUUGAGGGGUGCAAAAUCACGUACUUCUCGCUAGAUUGCUUUCAUUUUACUCCUGCGACUCUUUUAUACUCUUCCUUGUGCCUGUCGUUUUUUCCCGUUAACGUUACGACCGCAGAGGUUUUUGUAAUGACCUGUCAAACACACCCCAGUAAUGGCUGAAAUGGGAUCAAUGGAAUACAUUGGCUUUCCAUUGCAUUUAUAAGAACAAUAAAGCUUUGUCAGGGAUUUAACGCACCGUCUGGACACUGGCAUCACAAGAAAGAGAAGAAAGAUAACUUUAUUUUGAUGUGUUCAUUUUUGUGGAGUUGAAAAAAGUAUUAUUUUAAUACAGUUGAAAAUUAGAUGUGCUGAAAUUAAAGCAACUUCCGAAAAUGAACACUUGGAUUAUAGUGAUAUUAUGUCUGAUCUCGAAAUUUUUUUAAAGUAUGUUUAGAUAGGUGUAAUCUAGAGCCAAGCAUGUUGAUUUUUAAUCCGAGGACAUCCUGCUAUUGACACACUUGUUGAAUUAUGCAAGAGAACGAGACAACAGUAGUUAAUGAGGCAGACUAGACAGCGCAGGUGAGUGAUGGUAGUGUAGACAGAGCAAGUGUUUGGUUGUUGCAGCCCUGUUCCAUCCCUUUAUGUUAAUGUCUUCAUAUAUGCAAAUACACCCAGUGUAUUUAUGUAAAUGAGGCACAUACAAUUUUCUUUCUUUUAAUAUUUUAACACAAAAUAUUUGUUAAAUACCUGAUACAGUAAACCAAAAUUAUAUGUGACCGACCGCCUCGAUUCGGUCUUAUGUAGCAACAUUUGAAAUUGUGUUUUUUACAUUGGAUAGAAGUAGAGACUCAGAGCUAGAAAAUGGUAUAGCAUACACUGCAGAUGAGGAACAAUGGGAAAGUAAUUCUGCUUUCAAAGUUGAUAAACUUGUAACCCCACUUUUGAGGAAAUGGCCCUUGAAUGUUUUGGUACACCUACUGGAGAGCUCUUCUUUGUCUACACCCAUUCGGCAUCGUUCACACCCUCUUAAGCCUUAGCCCCGCCAAUCUCUUUAAGGAUUCACAUGUGAGGCCAUGUGGCAAACACGCUAUAUCAAAUAAAAUCUACAUUUAUUUGUCACAUGCACAGGAUACAGAAGGUGUAAACGGUACAGUGAAGUGGUUACUUGCAUAGGAGCAAUAUCAAAAACAGAAAGUGUCCAGAUAAAAAUAUGUUAUAAAUAUUUUAUCAUUAUUAGAUGACACUUACCCGACACACUUGACUAAAUUGAUGGAAUCAUGUGAAAUAAAUGCUAUAACCACCCCCCAGUCACAUCUAGCUAAGUGGAUGGGUAACUAUUGUCUAGACAUGUACACAUGUUCAUGAAAUACAAUAGAUGGCCGUAAUGACCCCAAGACACACCUGGCUAAUUUCAUGGGUCAUGUAAUAAUCCGGCCGAAGUGGAGUCUUUUGUUUAGACAUGUAGCUAGCUAGGUAGCUAGCUACCUAAACAAUGAACCAGCAUAAUCCCAACUCAUACUACUACCAAUACAAACAUUGUCAUAGAUGUAGUAUGAAUCUGCAGGUAGCUAAAGCUAACAAACUAGGUUAAAUGUUAGCUAGCUAACAUUAGGCUAUAACUAGCAACGCAAAUGGAUUUCUGAUUCGAAUAACAUUACUACACAGAUCAUACACGUAACGUCAGCUAGCGAGCCAGCAAGCUAACGUUUGCCAGUUAACUAACAGUACGCUUUAACUUGCAAUAAAAAAGACUUUCUGACAAAAUGUGAAACUUAUAUCUGAAAAUGGAGCAAGACUUACCCGUAUACAUGGAUGAACGCUUCACGGCAGACUGGAACCAUUUAACUCAGUUUUGUUUGUAGCUACAUCUUGUUUGGCCAGCGUUGUGUCAAGUCACUCCGGUUAACACUGCACGUGGCGUGUGCAGAAAGUAGCCCAUCACUUUUUCCAACUGAUCUGUUGAUAGCGCCUGCUAAAUUCAGGGCAUCAAUGUUGUUGAGAAAAGUAGCAAAACUUUUGUAGUUCUGGAUGGCUGACGUUAUAUCGUUCAAAAACGAUGCGGUAGAAAGGACUGUCAACACAUACUGAACAGCUCACGUUAUAGACAGAAGCAUGCUACAUGGCAGACCAAUCCAAACUCAUCUCCCGGCAUGUCCAGCCCACCCAUUAUCUCAGCCAGUCAUGGCUAGCGGGAAGGUCCCUGUCUUUUUCCGUGGCUAAACCAAACUAGGCUCGUAAUAAAAAGAAUAAUAAUAGUAUUUAUGGAAUACAACUUUGUUAUUAAGGCACAUGAAAGUUCACAUGUUCCAGAAGGCAUUUCUGCCUUUUUGAUAAAAAAAUAAAUGUUUACGUUCAAAUGCCGCUCCUGUGAAGUAGUGACAUGCGGCAUACACCUAGUUUCCUGAAACGAGUCACAUAUAUGAGUGCAUUCUAAGAAAAGAAGGGUGACAUUUUACAAUAAAUUGAAUACCCACCCAAAUUCCUGAACUCCAUUAAUUAUUUGUCUGUGCCAGUAAAAUGUUUUAUGUGCUAUAAUUCAGUCAAUAUCUGAUGGAUUAUAAAAAUUCAAAACGUUUGGAAUAUCUUCAACUACUGCAUUUAUUAAAAUUGUUUUUAAAACCUUUAAAAAAUGUUGAUGACCGUUGCUAUAUGCAUACCUGUUAAGAUACAGCCCUUGCCUGUCACUGAUGACCUGUGUCCAUGUGUGUCCCUGUGUCUCUAGGAGUGUGCGGGCGAGCCUCUGUUUAUGCUGUACUGUGCCAUGAAGCAGCAGAUGGAGAAGGGGCCUAUAGACUCCAUCACAGGAGAGGCACGUUACUCACUCAGUGAGGACAAGCUCAUCAGACAGCAGAUCGACUACAAGACCCUGGUUAGUGCUGUCAAAUAGAAAUAUUUUACAGGGCGAUAAUGAUAUUUGAUAAAAUAUAUGAUUUACCUUUAAGAAGGCAUUAAGGGCGAUAGGAUUUUGCAUUACCUCAGUGACCUUAAUUAGUGCUUUCUGCUUGAGUAUGCGAUUCAAAUUCCUGCAAAUGCCAACUAAGUAAGCUGACAUGAGCUGGACCUAAUUCCUCGCCCCUCCCUCCCCUAUCAGACACUCCACUGUGUGAACCCAGAGAACGAGAACGCCCCGGAGGUGACGGUGAAGGGGCUGAACUGUGACACCAUCACCCAGGUGAAGGAGAAGCUGCUGGAUGCUGUGUACAAGGGCAGCCCCUACUCCCAGAGACCCAAGGCUGGGGACAUGGACCUGGGUAAGAACACCAGGAGGAGAUUGUGUUUACAGUGUGUGUUUACAGUGUGUGUUUACAGUGUGUGUUUACUGUGUGUGUUUACAGUGUGUGUGUGUGUGUCUGUUUACAGUGUGUGUUUACAGUGUGUGUGUGUGUGUGUGUGUGUGUAUGUGUGUGUUUACAGUGUGGGUUUACAGUGUGUGUGCGCACGCUCUAUUCUCAUCCUCCUCUUCCCUUCACAGAGUGGCGUCAGGGAAGGAUGGCCAGAAUCAUCCUUCAGGAUGAGGAUGUCACCACCAAGAUUGACAAUGACUGGAAACGCCUCAACACACUGGCCCACUAUCAGGUGAGAGAAGACAGAGGAGGUGGGUGGGCUGGGGUUACAAUAGUGUACUGCCUCGGCGGUUUUAUCUAUGCAAAUAGACAGUGGAUGGAGUGAUUGACAGGACAGCAUUUAUAAGACAACCUUUUGUUUUUCAAUCCUUGUAGGUGACGGACGGCUCAGUGAUCGCUCUGGUGCCAAAGCAGAACUCAGCCUACAACAUAUCCAACUCCUCCACCUUCACCAAGUCUCUCAGCAGAUAUGGUGAGUCAAUCCUUCUUCUUUCUUUUUCUCUUAAUCUCUCUCUCAAUCUUUGCCUUUCUUUGCUCUCUCUGUUUGUCUUUCUUGAUAGUAAGCAAGAUUUUACUCAGCCUCUCUAAACUGAGAUAACCAUAAAUCCACCAAUAUCUAUCCAGCCUACACCACUUCAGAGGCAUUUUCACCAUCUAGGAAAUGACAGGCAUUACAUCAGACAGCUCAUUCCUCCUGCCAGAGACUGAUGACCAAUAGCUAACAGCUUUAAACACAACCUCAGCUCCACACCACAUCAGUGUAACCAGCUCCAUGGCAAAAACCUUUUCCAGAAGCUUUCAGCUUUGUUAUUGUUUUCCCUCCCUCUCCUUAUGUGCGCCGUUGUGUUGAUAAGGGGUUACAAUAGCAAUGCUGAAAGGCCAGUGAAAGCCAGGCUGGUUUGUUCGUCCACAGAGAGGAUCGCCAAGCCCUGGCUGUUGUAAGAGCAGACGUAAACGUGUACCACUCUCCCCCAGAAGCCAAUGGACAUGAUUGCAAUGGAAUUACAGGCACUCAAGCAGCAGUAGCAACAGCAGCAGCAGUAGUAGUAGUAGCAGCCUUAUGAUGAAUGUACAAUAGAUGUAGGAAUACAUGAGGCCUAUUGGCUGCUGGGAGAGUGGCUGCAGAAUGUUCUGGUGUGAACAAGCUGAUAAUGGGGUCUCAAACAAGGUUGUUGGCAUGGAGACCAAUCUUAGUCACACUGGUUUUGUUUUCCUCUUUGGUCAUUACUCGUUUUAACCCCCCACAUGACAUACGUGUUGCAGGAGUUCGUUUCUGGCGCGCUGUUUAAAUACUACAGGGCCCAUAUUCACAAAGUGUCUAAAGAGUGCUGAUCUAGGAUCAGGUCCCCCUGUUAUUUAUUAUGAUUGAGACGCUUUGUGAAUACAGGCCCUGAUCUCAGUAGAGUUAAUUGGGAACAUUCAGGGCAGUUGUCUUGCUCUGAUGCCCCACUGUUCUUUUGAUUUGGUCUAGCGGAAAGAAACAACAAACCCAGAACCACUGACACACAUUAGUCUCUAUGUGUCAGUGAGUUUCUGAGAUCUAAUUCUCUCAUCCUCUCACCCUGAAAACCAGGGUGCCCUCCCUGCGCUCAGACGCUCAGAAGCUCAGAAGCCCCGAGCGUCACGCCAUCAUUCAGAGAUAGACAGAGAUUGAAGUUGUUUUCUCUCCUUUCAUCCAUCCCUCCAUACAUUAAGGAGGGACUGACACCCCUGCGUUCAGGCUGCCCUCGCAGUCUCCUCCCCAGGCAGCCUCCCUCCCAUGCCGGCUGCCACUGCAGCAGGCUGGCUGAUAAGAGGAACACGGUAGAUAGGCAUCCUUUGGUUUACCGUAAUGAAGUUUGACACUCGCACCUUUAAUAAUGAAGCAGUGCAUGGAGGCAGUCGGCCCCAGGGAGGAGAGGAGAGGAGACUCACACAAUGGAGCCUGUACAGCCUGACUCAUCCACUACCACAGGCAGGAAGGAUAUUGGUGUAUUGUGUAUGGGGUUCUAUUAUAUCCAGGACUAUAACAUUAUGGGCCAUUUGGUAUGGGGAGAGGGGAGGGGGACAAGCGAGGGAGAUUAAGAUGGAAGGGCUGGUGUAAAAACAUGUGUGCUAAUGAUAAGAAGGAUAGCAGAUUGUCUUUCCUAUCUCCUCUCUAGGCCCUACCUCAAUGAAAAUGAGGCACACUGUUUUCAUUCUCCUACUUUGCCAAUUAGUUAGAGUCUGCCAAUUGAGAAUAAUGAGUCGGCUAGCUCUCCUCGCUCCUUAGUUGAGGCCUAAUCAUAUUUCUCACCAUCCAUCCACAUCUCUGACGUACAAUAGGAGUUGUUACAAUAGGAGAGGCUACAGGGAUCUGUUGUCUUGCUCAUUAAUGUUCUUUCCAUCUCAGAGGUCAGGUCCCAGUGCAUCAUGGGCUGUGACCUUGUGACAGACAGACUGACACUCUGCUCCUCACGCUGGCACAGUCUUUGUUCUGGCUGGAUGAUGGCCAGAUAGACAGCCCAAAGAGCCCUUUGUUCACUAGACUAAAUGUGACUGUUAUUUAGUCAGUCAGCAGACAAAAUAUGUUUGUCUUCUAAUUUAUGUUUGUCCAAUAUGUGCAGAGCUUGGCAAGGGUCAGAUAAAGUUUUAAAAGGCAUAAUUUUGACCUGAAAUAUGUGAUUUAUAUGAGUGCGUAUCACUGUUUAAACUCAAGUUGAAGCUCUCACAAUAGGGCAUGGAACCAGGGAGUCAGACUGGUCUGUUCUGGUCAUCUUGUUCCAUUGACCUCUAAAGACCUCUGUAUUGUGUGUUCCUGAUGAACCUGUCUUUGACCUGAUGUUCCUAUCUCUCUCUUGUGCAGAGAGCAUGUUGCGAACGGCCAGCAGUCCAGACAGCCUGCGCUCCCGCACCCCUAUGAUCACUCCUGACCUGGAGAGUGGUACCAAGCUGUGGCACCUGGUCAAGAACCACGACCACUCUGACCAGCGCGAGGGAGACCGCGGCAGCAAGAUGGUGUCUGAGAUCUAUCUGACCCGUCUGCUGGCCACCAAGGUAAGAUUACAUAGACACCAGGCCAGCCUAUAUCACACAUGUAUAGUACUGUUAAUGUAAGUCAACUCAUCUGAAUGUUGAGUAAGUCAUUGAAAUAGCCUCCAUAUCGUCGCUGUCGGAUGAAAACCUUGUAACAAAAUGUUUGCCAAUUGUCAUUUUUUGUCAUGUAUUGAAAGCAGUAACUCCACUCAAUGUACUCCAUUUCGUCACUCUAUGACCACGAAAAUGUAAACAGCUUUUCCUUGGUGAAGAGGACCUCUUUUCUUCGCUAGUCCCUUGAUGUGCCUGUCUCUUUAACAGCUCAGCCUCCGUUGCAGUGUUGUAUUCCUCUGGCGUCCCUCAUAUCAGCCAAGUCCCUGUUAACUGGCCAAACAGGGCCGGCCUGCCACUCUCUUCUCGCCUAGCUGCCUCUGAGCUGAUUGUUUCCAUCCUAAUUGUAGGGGAAGAAAACCAUGGAAAUUAGACGCUGUUUACAAGCCUCUUGGGUGGUCAAUUUCGAUUCAUAAUAAAAAAAGAUAGAUAAAUAUAAAGGGGGAGUAGAGAAGAGAAAAUAGCAGGAGACAGGUCCAUUUGUUGUGGAAUUGAGUGUUUCGUGGUGCGUGAUGCAGAGAAGUGAAAGGAAUUCAGAUAGCUCACGUAGGUCUGUCUGUCUGGUAAACCAGCAUAUCUCAGUACUUUGAUCUUGGAGGAGCAGAAUGUGGCGUCCUCUCCACAGCCACUCCCCCUUAAUAGAUGCUGGUUGCUGUAAGGGAUGUGGGUUUGAUUUGAAAUCUGUAGGUGUGUAAUUGGAGAAGAACCCAGAGAACUAAACCUCUGUCCUCUCCUCUCCUCAGGGUACGUUACAGAAGUUUGUGGAUGACCUGUUUGAGACCAUCUUCAGCACGGCCCACCGCGGUAGCGCCCUGCCUCUCGCCAUCAAGUACAUGUUUGACUUCCUGGACGAGCAGGCCGACAAACACUCCAUAUCAGACUCGGAUGUACGGCACACCUGGAAGAGUAACUGGUGAGACACAUUACAAACAUUGAGUGCCUGUGUGUUUUGGUUGUAUAAUGUGUGUGGUUGUUGACACAUCUCCUCAUGAUGACACAUCUCCUCUCUCUCUCUCCCAUCCCAGUUUGCCUCUGCGAUUCUGGGUGAAUGUGAUCAAGAACCCCCAGUUUGUGUUUGACAUCCAUAAGAACAGCAUCACAGAUGCCUGUCUGUCUGUGGUGGCCCAGACCUUCAUGGACUCAUGCUCUACAUCAGAACACAAGCUGGGCAAAGACUCGCCCUCCAACAAGCUGCUCUACGCCAAGGAUAUCCCCAACUACAAGAACUGGGUGGAGAGGUAUGUAUGACACAGAUCUCAACUCCACAGACUGUAAGAUUGUCCAUCUCAUGGUUUAUGUCAAGCAGAUAUACCGUAGUAUGCACUUAGCAUGUAAACGGUUGAUCAAAUGAUAUCAGAGGUGUUUAUAGAGGAGAGAGUUGACGAGACGGUUGUUGACAAGUACUUCUCCUUGUAGUCCAGUCCUUCACAUUCUUAACUAAAAGGUGUCCUCUCCAGUCUGGGAUGCCAACCCCUAACCCCUCCUCUCUCCUGAUCCCCUCCUGUCCUGUAGGUACUACUCCGACAUCUCCCGUAUGCCAGUCAUCAGUGACCAGGACAUGAGUGCCUACCUGGCUGAACAGUCCCGGCUGCACCUCAGUCAGUUCAACAGCAUGAGCGCCCUGCACGAGAUCUACUCCUAUAUUGUCAAGUACAAAGAUGAGGUGAGUCACCAGUAUAUUAUUAAGAUAUUAAUCAUAGACAUCAUAAUAAUAUAGAUAUAUUAUUAAAAUAAGUUAGAUUUGUUAGUCACAGCAUGAAGAGAUCAGAACAGAAUUGCCAUUGUUUCUGUAUGUUAAAGGGUUGAUACAGAAGCACCCUCUAUGUGCCCUCUUGUUUUCAUGAUGAAUGGAAUGGUGGCGUUCUAAUUCAAUUAAUAGAUAACUGAGUAGACAUCCAUAAUUGCAUGCAGCUAUUAAAAUCAUUAAAGUACAUAUUAUGAAGCUAAUGGACCACAUUGGAUGUACAGUAUGUGUUUUAUUAAUUCUCCCAUGUGCUAUCCUUUCAGGAAGUUAAUUAACACACUUCAUUCCAUGUGCAUAAAUAUAUUUUCAUUCUUGAAACAUUGCUUAUUCAUUGAGGCAGUGCCAGUGAAGUGUAGCUACUUCAUGUAGGAGAUGUGAAUGAGAGUGUACACUUUGUGCUAAUUCUCAGAGAGCUGAGCUGAGCCAAGCAGCCUGGAGAGGGCUGAGGCCAGUAACUAACGGAGACUGGGCUGUGGAAAUGAAGAGAUAAUGAAGCAGUGCAGAAGCUCCCUCCACUCUAUCCCCUCCAUCCACUGCCAGCCAUUAGGACAGACAGACAGUCGGACAGCCAGGCAUGAAGGCAAUGCUAGGAUAGCUUCUGUACUGUACUCACUCUGAGAUUGUGUGCCUGGGGUGGCAGGUAGCCUAGCGGUUAAGAGCGUUGGGCCAGUAACUGUAAGUUGGCUGGUUCAAAUCCCCUAGCCGGCGAGGUGGAGAAUUAUGUUGUUCUGACCUUGAUUAAGGACAGAGGGGUUGGGUUAAAUGCGGAAGACACAUUUCUGUUGAAUGCAUUGUUGCGCAACUGACUAGGUAUCCCCUUUCCUGUUGUGGCCUUCACAAACACGUAAACAAUGUGUAGCUCUGUCUGCUUAGACAAUUCUUCUUACCUUGUCGGUUAUAGUGCCUUGAGUGUGUGCUGUGAGAGGUUCCGGCAGCCUCUCUGCUUGCCUUUUCAAAGGGCGUGGGGGUAGAGAGCGGUGGUGGUGGGAAUGGUAGAGUGGUGGUGGUGGGAAUGGUAGAGUGGUAGCGGUGGUGGUGGGAAUGGUAGAGUGGUAGCGGUGGUGGUGGGAAUGGUAGAGCGGUGGUGGUGGGAAUGGUAGAGCGGUGGUGGUGGGAAUGGUAGAGUGGUGGUGGUGGGAAUGGUAGAGUGGUGGUGGAAGUGAGUGGGGUAUAAUCAGUCAUCUCCACUCAGCAUCAGACCCCAUCUCGACCCCUUUCUCUCCCCUCCUCUAUCAGCAGUGCUGGAUCCUGUGGUUUAGGCGAGAGCUGCAUCUGCCUCCAUUUAAGCAGCCGCUCCCCUUCAUUAAGGCUUAUUAUCCAGUUGCGGGUGGCUGCAGGGUCCUCCUCCCGCCCCCUCGUCUCCCACAGCAGCACUAACACACGGUGCAUUAGCAGUCCACCAUGCAGCCUCCUGCAUGACUCCCUAACAGCUAGUACACAGCUAUCCAUCUCUGAUGGACCCACCGGCACCUCCUCUUCCAGUUCCCAUAAUGCCAUAGUACAUACAGUGGCUUGCGAAAGUAUUCACCCCCCUUGGCAUUUUUCCUAUUUUGUUGCCUCACAACCUGGAAUUAAAAUUGUUUUUUUGGGGGUUUGUAUCAUUUGAUUUACACAACAUGUCUACCACUUUGAAGAUGCAAAAUAUUUUUUAUUGUGAAACAAACAAGAAAUAACACGAAAAAACAGAAAACUUGAGCGUGCAUAACUAUUCACCACCUCAAAGUCAAUACUUUGUAGAACCACCUUUUGCAGCAAUUACAGCUGUAAGUCUCUUGGGGUAUGUCUCUAUAAGCUUGGCACAUCUAGCCACUGGGAUUUUUGCCCAUUCUUCAAGGCAAAACUGCUCCAGCUCCUUCAAGUUGGAUGGGUUCCGCUGGUGUACAGAAAUCUUUAAGUCAUACAUUUUAGUCAUUUAGCAGACGCUCUUAUCCAGAGUGACUUACAGUUAGUGAGUGCAUACAUUUGUUUUUUCAUACUGGCCCCCCGUGGGAAACGAACCCACAACCCUGGCGUUGCAAGCGCCAUGCUCUACCAACUGAGCUACAGGGGACUACAGAUACCACAGAUCCAUACCACAGAUUCUCAACUGGAUUGAGGUCUGGGCUUUGACUAGGCCAUUCCAAGACAUUUAAAUGUUUCCCCUUAAACCACUCAAGUGUUGCUUUAGCAGUAUGCUUAGGGUCAUUGUCCUGCUGGAAGGUGAACCUCUGUCCCAGUCUCAAAUCUCUGGAAGACUAAAACAGGUUUCCCUCAAGAAUUUCCCUGUAUUUAGCGCCAUCCAUCAUUCGAUCAAUUCUGACCAGUUUCCCAGUCCCUACCAGAGUACCUUCUUCCAUAUGUUUGGGGAGUCUCCCACAUGCCUUUUGGCGAACACCAAACGUGUUUGCUUAUUUUUUGCUUUAAGCAAUGGCUUUUUUCUGGCCACUCUUCCGUAAAGCCCAGCUCUGUGGAGUGUACAGCUUAAAGUGGUCCUAUGGACAGAUACUCCAAUCUCCGCUGUGGAGCUUUGCAUCUCCUUCAGGGUUAUCUUUGGUGUAUUUGUUGCCUCUCUGAUUAAUGCCCUCCUUGCCUGGUCCGUGAGUUUUGGUGGGCGGCCCUCUCUUGGCAGGUUUGUUGUGGUGCCAUAUUAUUUCCAUUUUUUUUAUAAUGGAUUUAAUGGUGCUCCGUGGGAUGUUCAAAGUUUCAGAUAUUGUUUUAUAACCCAACCCUGAUCUGUACUUCUCCACAACUUUGUCCCUGACCUAUUUGGAGAGUUACUUGGUCUUCAUGGUGCCGCUUGCUUAGUGGUGUUGCAGACUCUGGGGCCUUUCAUAACAGGUGUAUAUAUACUGAGAUCAUGUGACAGAUCAUCUGACACUUACAUUGCACACAGGUGGACUUUAUUUAACUAAUUAUCUGACUUCUGAAGGUAAUUGGUUGCACCAGAUCUUAUUUAGGGCUUCAUAGCAAAGGGGGUGACUACAUAUGCACGCAACACUUUUACGUUAUUUAUGUUUUAGAAUUUUUUGAAAUAAGUUAUUUUUUUCAUUUCACUUCACCAAUUUGGACUAUUUUGUGUAUGUCCAUUACAUGAAAUCCAAAUAAAAAUCCAUUUAAAUUACAGGUUGUAAUGCAACAAAAUAGGAAAAACGCCAAGGGGGAUGAAUACUUUUGUAAGGCGCUGUACAGCACCUCAGCUGUGCUUUCUAUAUCGACCCCUUGCAGCUUCUACAGUCAUCCGCCUGUUUGAUUUCAUUUUCCAUCUAUACAAUGUCAUAUAGUAGAAAUCAGUGGCGGCUCCUGAAAAAAUUCUCAGGAGAGGGGCCAUUUUUCUGAUUGAUUAGGUGACCUACACACAUUAAAAAAAGAAUGUCCAGCAACAAACCAUGAAGACAGGGGGCAGCAUUAUAAGUCAAUACCAGGAAGCAUUAUAUUGAUGAUCUCAAGUGUUGGCUUACCAGGGUGUUGGAGCCCUCAGUUUCAUUUCUUUGCCUCGCCAAAGCAACUCAAACCUCCGAAAAACUUCACAACUGAUUAGCGGCGAGGAUGUGGCGGUUUUGCUAAUGUCUAGUAAAUAUAUUUUUAUAGUGAAUAUUGGAAUAUGAUAUGUUCGAGUAAAAUGUUUGUGCUAAGAUCUAUUAGGUCAGGAGCUGCGUGAUAAGUUCUGUCCUAUCCAAUAACAAUGGACAAAAGGGUCCUAUCUUGUCAGCCUUGUCAGCAGGUGGCCAAGGACAACACCCACGCCAUAGGCCUCUCAGUUCUUCCAACUCACGAGUUCUUGCUCUGAGGACACACACACACACACAAACACACACACACACAUCAUCACUGUUAAACACACACACACACACACACAUCAUCACUGUUAAACACACACACACACACACACACACACACACAAAAAUCCCCUCUCUUAGGCUGAACAUUUGAAGACAGAGAACCCGACUCAGAGCCAAUGCAACAGUGACAGUAGCCUGCAGGGGACCUCGCCCAACUCAUCAGGACCAAUCAGAAGAUCAGAACUACUAGAUUGAACCUACUUCAUUUAUUGCAUAAAAUGUCUGCACACAAUGUUUCGGGGCUCUCUUCAGAUAAUAAUAAUAAUAAUAAUAAUAAUAUGCCAUUUAGCAGACGCUUUUAUCCAAAGCGACUUACAGUCAUGCGUGCAUACAUUUUUGUGUAUGGGUGGUCCCGGGGAUCGAACCCACUACCUUGGCGUUACAAGCACCAUGCUCUACCAGCUGAGCUACAGAAAGUGGAUACUCAUGGAUGCGCAUUGCAAUUGUAAAAUGUCAACACAAUUGGAGACACCACGUCAUUUUUGGAGACAUGUUAUUGACAGUAAACUAUUGUAGAUGCGACUGCUAACUAACUAAAACAUUUUAGCUGGCUAGCUAAUCAUCUUAGCUAAAUGUGGGGCAAACAAUUCAGUUAUUUACCGUUAAUUUGAGGGAUUGGGGUGAAAGAAAUCGAGUUACAUAGUGAUACUUUACGAUAUACUGUAUUGACAAUAUCGCAAUAUUUUAGCGCUAGUUGGCUGUACCUGCACCAAAACACCAUUAUUGUUCCUUCAUAGCUUGUUCUCAAUCUUUUCACAUUGGGAGCCAAUUUGUUUUCAGCACUUUUAUUUCCAUGACUGAUCAAAACUCGUUCUCAUGGCUUUCUGAUCCCUCUGCAACAGACAUAUGGUGCGCAAUAAAAUCACAGUAUCGAAUCGCAAUACGUAUAGAAUCAUGAGACUCGCAAUGCUGAUGCAUAUAUCUUAUCGUGAGGUUCCUGGCAAUUCCCAGCCCAAGUUCAUUUGCCACAACAAAUCUCUUCGCUAGCAAACGCGAUGUCUUCUCCAAAACGGCAAUGUGUCUCCAGCAAUGUUUACUUUUCUGACGUUCUAUGGCAUCUCCACUUUCCAAGCAUAUAUGACCACAUGUAAUAUUUUGGUAAGUGAUGCAAAUAGUGAACUAUGUAGGGCCAGGAUGUAAAAUAUAUGUAGCUGCAGCAAUUUCUCUUAUCUGAUAUGGUAAGUAAUGGGGCUUAAUUUGUAGCUCCCUAAGAGUUUGACGAACGGGUCCGUGAACGCGAUUCCAGAUAUAUUUACCUCUGAAUAAACUGCCUUUAUUACACCAUAUCCACAUCCAGUAAACUUGUGAUUAUCAACACUAACCUCAUCGUUGUGGCGGCGGACAGCUAGCCUGUAUCCCUCGUCAUCCAGUUGAGUGAGUGGCAAUGUCUUUUUUCGUUCGUACCAAUUUUUGGAAAAUCCUCGGGUGUAGGACUUUCCGCCUUUAGUAGAAACCUGUUGAAUUAUUAAAUUUGGUCUGGGAGGUCCUAAUUGUUUCGUUGCCAAUUUAUCUUCAUUUGUUCGCCGAUUAAAAGGAACUUCUUUCAAACAAUCCACUCUUUUCUCAGUUACGUUCAUGGUUACGUAACGUAUGACGAAAGCGCGUAAGUGCAAGCCCACAGACACCCAUUGAGAUUGUAUUGAAGGCUCUGAAAUUUGAAAAAAAUAGAUUUUACAUGGGAGUCUAUGACAGAAGUUCUGGGCGAUUUUCAAUCUGACUGAAAUCGCCCCAAAAGGGGGUGGAGCCAUUUGAAGCACGACUUUAGCCUGAUUCGACAUUUAGUGGCAGUGUGGCACUGUGGCAGAUCAGACGUAUAGAUUACAACACUGAUAACUACUGUUGCCGUGAUAUAAUUGAUUAGAAAAAAAAUCCCUUCCUUUUCCCGUUUGGCAGUGCGUCGCCCAUAUCGCCCUAUUGAACAGGCCGUCCCUGGUAGAAAUUCAACGUUCCAUGUUCGUACCUAUAUAUGAGUAAUGUUUGUAGGGGAAGAGAUCGUAUUCCUUUGGUAUUUUAAAUACCAAUAAAUAGCCUGCUCAUGCCACCAUGACAGCAUGUUUGCUUCAACAGCUGUUUACACAGACUGACAGAUGUUCUGAUAGACUUUCUCUGUUGGUGGUCCACCCUGAUGAUCUGUCUCCCUCUCUCUCAUCCCUGUCUUCUCCAUCCCUCUCUCCUCCCUCCCCAGAUCCUGUCUGCGCUGCAGAAGGACGAGCAGUCUCGCAGGCAGAGACUGCGCAGUAAGCUGGAGCAGGUCAUCGACACCAUGGCCCUGGCCAGCUGA